GGUGGGAAUGAAGGGUUGGGCUGCGGUUGAUUUGGGUAUUCUUUUAAUCUUGGGUGCACUUUGUGCUAUAUGUUAUGUAUGAAAAGUGCUAUAUAAAUAAAGACUGACUUUAAGAAACAGAAAUAAGUCUCUGUUCUUUUUCUGAGCUUUCAUGUUAUGUUUUUUUGUAAGAGUAAAAUGUUAAAACUACUCAAAGACAAGAAAAAGUUUUUGUUUUGGAUGAAGUUUGCAGGUGGUGGAUCACUGGUUUUUGGUCUGUGGUUUUAAAUAUCCUCAUUCUACUUUUUAAGAAUUAUAUCUUUUUAAGAAAAGGAGAAUAAACUUACUCUUUAAUGAGUAAUUUGGAUAUCACAUUGCAACAUAUGGGAAAACAUUGUCUUCUUGUAUUUCACUUCAUUGCUUUCCCCUUCUUAGAAAAAAAGAAAUGAAAAAAGAAAAAAAAGAACACUGGAACAUUGUAGUCCUCAAAAGAGUACACUGUGUACUCAGGUCUAUAAAUACGACUUUUCCUCACUUAACCCCUAUAAUAUUGCUUUCGGGACUUAUUGUGCUGCAGCACUACUUAGUUGAGUGACUCUGUGGGAUUGUAUAUCCCCAGAGUUAAAUGCCAAUAUCCCCUCAGUAAAUUCCACGUUAUAAAAACCCACAGCAACAAAACCCAAAUUUGUUCGAGUGAUUCUUUUGGUCUGUUUUAGAUUUGUAUAUAACACUGAUUUAAUAAAAAGACAACUAGUUAGUGGGUGCUAGUUGUCUAGUCAGCAGAAAUUAAUGCACCUGCCAAACAGACCCAGAGAGAGAGGGAGAGGGAGAAAGAGAGAGAGAGAGGGUGAGAGAGAGAGAGGGAGAGAGAGAGAGAGAGAAAUGGCGCCUCGAUGCUGCGCUCACUGAGCCAGUGUUUGGAGCCGGUUAGGGAGAUUCAGUGAGGGCAGACACAAGACACAACCAUGGUGAAUACAAGGAAAAGCUCACGGCAGGGGAACGGUCCCUUUAUCUCCUCUCGGACUCGGUCUUCGUCGAGAAACGAGCGCAACUCCGACGAACAUGUAAGCCGGUUUCCUUUCUUUGCCGGCGAGCUAGCUUGCUCUGCUAGUUGGCUAGGUAGCUGUAGCAGUGGCCUCAAUGGUGCCCAACAUAAUGUUUUAUUCACAACAAAGUACGAGCAGUAAUAAACCUGACACCCGCUCAGUCAUGUAGGUACACAUCUAAAGACCCGACUGCCGCGAUUCGCACGCGUGUCGUUCGCGUUGGACGCAUUGUUCAGCUGUCAAUUUACAGGCUAGUGAUGUUAGCUCCUGGCUAGCUCCAAGUUGAGUUCCCUUUGUGUUUGGCAAUUUCACCCGGGUGACUUGUUUCACCAUUGUCUCAGCAAACUUGCCUCCAGAUUGAAGACAGGUGGGAGUUUGACAUGCUGCUAACAGCGCUGCUCCAUGUCACCGCCCUGGAUGUAACAGCGUUAUUGUUUCCUUACAUUUAAAUGGAGAAAGAUCUAGAUAGGCUAGCUUUUGUAGGUUAGAGCUAGCCCGACAGCUAGCUGACAGUGGGGGGAAGGGAGUCCCGGGUUCAAAACAGUUGGCUGGCUGAGGUCCCGUAUUUAGCAAGUCUGAACUUGGUGAACUUUCUGCUGUAACUGGCCUAAGACCCCCGGACAGCCUGUUUACACAACAACUGCGUUAAACGCGAUAAUAAACCAUAAACCCUUUAAUUUUCGUUUAUUUCGAAAUGUGCCUCAAACCUCAAGCUGUGUUUUCAUGCCUUGAUCGACUGACCCACAGGCAGUCUGACAGCCUUUGUCUCAAAAUGUAAACAUUGAGAUUAUGCAAGGCAAGGGGUUUUGUGUUUCCUCACUAUUCACGGUUGUUGUAGUGUUUGACAUAGACCAACACUAUAUUUCACCGAUGACAUGAUUUAUAUGUAGUUAUUCGCGCAUUCUUUCUUCUAAACGGGCUCUCAAGAUAGUGCAGGUUGGAAAGAAAAACCAAAAUACUCUACUUAAGGCUGCUUUGAGUCAGAACUUUUGGUUUGUGUUGAUAUUUGCACCCCCUGUAGGCUAAGAUGUACCUUUUAUCACUUUACUCGUCUUGAACUGUCAAUAUCAAGGUAGAUAUUUCUGACAAUAACUGUAAUGUAGACCUAUAUUGUAUUUCCAAUGGUAGAUACUGAUAAUUUAAUGGCAAUAUAAUAAAUUUUUUAAUGUCACAAUUAGUAGUUUUUGUUCCCUAAUUUGCAUCCAAUAACAUUCAACAGUAUUACACCUACUAUUCCAUGCACAUUACAAUUUAAUACACAUGGAUAUCUUAGCCAGUGUCAUGAUUUAGAGGUAAUAAAUCAGUAAGUAAAAUAGAUACAAAGAAAAUGGUUUCUGAGCAUUUCAGCAGCAACGUUGAACUGUGUUACUGUACACAUAAUAAUAGAAUACUGUAAUUUAGGGCGGGGAAAGGGCGUUAUCAUUUGUAGGAUGUUAACAUUGCUCAACAGCAGCCACCCUGACUAAGCUGCCUGCAGUGUCAGCAUAUAUUUAUUUUUUUAAUCAGCCUUGUGACUGCGGGAAUAAGCUAGUGCUGACUAUUUCAAAUGCCGUUUAAUGGCCUGAUUAUUAGGCCUAACCAAUGAAUCUGUCGAUCUCUUAUCAAAUGUGUCACGCACAGUGAAUAUUUGUUGCUGAAAAGGCUGUUCAUUGGUCUGACACCUAUCUCUUGGAGCUAUUUUUGGCAUUGAAACCCGCCAUGUAGAUAUUGUCAGCAUUGAUUGUGAUGGUCUUAUUUGCGUUGGUACCCAUUAAAGAGGCAUCCACAUAAAUUUCGUGUUUAACUUAAGUGACAUUUUACUCAAGUAGAAGUAAAACUAUUAGUCUGUUAGCGCAACAAGUGAAAUUAAAAAGUACUUGAAAUGUGCUGAAAGUACUGAGAAAAAAAAACUCUUAAAACGUCUGAAACCCAAGAAUUUAAAUUUAAGGCCUUAAAAUCUCUUAAAAUGUCUUAAAUACAAAUUUGAAAGGUCUUAAAAAUGUAUCGAUGUUAUUUACCCCCUGAGUGUUUUUCAGUCUAAAAGACAUUUAUUAAACGUCAAAUGGUCCUCAGGCGUCUGGGCUAAACUCAGUCUACCUCUGGUCUAAAAAUGAAAGUUUUUUAUCCGUCUAAUAGACUGAACUACACUGUACAUGAUCAAUGAUCAUUUUGCCAUCAUUUAUACACCUUACAGUUGUUUUUUAUUUAAUAUUUAAUAAUAAUGGAUUAAAUUCUAUUGUCUAGAUUCAGGCUAAAAUAUAGAAUUAUAGACAGGAGAAUUUCUGUCUAAACUAAGACAAGAUUUCUAAAAGAUGUCUAAGGCUCAGCGGGUACAAAUAAAGAUUGAUUUGAAGUUUAAAAUGAUCCGAUUUCCCUUCAUGUCCUUUGUACUUGAUCUUGAAUUUGACUUGUUGAAACCCUGGGUUAGGAUCCAGGAGUGAUUCAGGACCAAUGAGCAGAGAAAAGUCUCAUUUUACACUUGAACAGAAACAGAAAGAUAUUCACCCCAAUAUAGGAUAAAAGCACAUUUUACCAAAGUAGUUGUUCUUGUGAAAGCAACAGCAUGAUUGUGCGAAGUGAAUUUAUGUCUGUAAGGAGCUUUCGGUUUGUGUCAGUUUUGACGCCCUCUGGACAAAGCAGUCUUUGCUUUGCUUCUACAUGCUUGAGUAUUGAUUUCUCGCAAAAUAAAAUCCUAAGAUUAUCCUGCUGACUUGACAGUCAAAUUGUGAAUAUAUUUCAUGUGGAAAUGAUAUGGAAGAUCUGAUGAUAUACUACAUUGCUAUCACUUAUGAAAAAUUCCUAAGAGUCACAAACCUUACCCUUUGACAGUAUAAUUCCUGGCAAUUACAUUAUGAUUUACAGACGGAUAGUGUCACUGUAGACCUCACACAUCCUGGACACAAACUGCUCUAACGUCUGCCCUCAGGUGGGCUUUACAGAGAAGUGUACACAAAGUCACUCAAGCACAGCAACAGUUUCUUUGCUCAAGCUAUCACUCUGAUAAACUCCGGACUCAGUCAGAGUAUUGAGAAUAUUUUAUGUAUAACAACCAAAUCAGCUUUGUAUAUAUAUAUAUAUAUUAAGUAUAAAAAAUCCACAGUUUUUAUGUGGAAUAUGCCAUUUAUUAUCUUUUAUCAGUGUUUAAACUUACCCUCCUUUUAUGUGUAGUUUAUCUCAGCAUUGAAGGCCAACCCUCUGUACAUAUCGUAAAUACUACAACCAUCUACGUCCUGUUAAUCAUCAACCUGAACUGCACCUUUCCACUCUCAGUUUCCUCAUUACACCUUUGUUCUUUUCUGAAUAUGAAGAUUUGAAAGUUUUCACAAUUGUUUCAAUGUAUAAGCAUUUGUGCUACUUAUGUCUGAUCUGAUGAAGACUUUGUUCCUCUGUGCAUCGAGAGUAAUGUCAAAAAGCGGAUUUAUAUUCCUCGCCUGUUUCCAAAUACCUGGCCAGUAAAUCAGAUUUGGAUUUCUAAUUGUGCGUGUACACUAAGCUCUUGGUUAUUUUUUCCCUGUAAGCUGUGAUUAGAAACUUGAUGUCAAAAAGUUUCCAUAAAAAACACACAAUAAUGAGGCGUCAGAGUUUGGAAAAUGAGCUGCACUCGUCAGGCUACAAUGCUGCAUUUACCUGCUUGUCAGUACAUCUUGCACUUUUUCAGUCUGUCUGCAUCAAGCUAUCUGUCUAGUAAGUCAGACAAACCCCUCUGCAGGCAUUGCAGACAGUUGCCUAUGACAACAGGGAGAUACACUCAUAUCAGCAGGGAACUGAAGCUGUGAAGGGCGUGAGCAUCAAGGGCAUAUGUCUGGUUGGUGAUUCAGAAAAACAUUGAGAAGUUGGGCACAAGGUAUCUCGUCUCCUCACAACAACCUAUUCUGGUCCUACCCUGUGGGACUCAGCUGUCUUGUGUCCUUGAUGUGUUUAAUUUUGUCGUGGAUUAGAUUUUGCUCUUGGACAGUGUGGUCUUUUGUGACAUUUGCUUAAUAACCUGGCUUUGCACAAUGAUUGACAGGCCAAGGUGAUUUUGUCAUGAAAAAACUUACGGUUCUUACUUGUUCUGAUUUGAUAAUUCUUCACAUUUUCCUUCCUGAAAUCGCUAUAAUGUUUUUUUUUUUUGUUGUUGUUGUUGUUGUUGAGCAGAAGGAGCACAGUAGUGAUGUGAGUAGUCCCAGCAGUCCGCGGUUGGCUCCCCCUUCCAAGCGGACACGCCGGCAGACCGCCUCAGAGCCCAGCUCCAGUGAUACCUCCCCAUCCCCUCAGACUAAGGGCCAGAGAGUCAGCUGGGGCAUCCCCACCUACCGCACCAGGUGAAAGCAGUUUAUAAAUUUAUUGUAUUUGACAGAUAUAUAAAGUUUUCUCCAAGUCUGUAUUACAAUAUCCUGUAAAGUCAAACGGUAGUAUCCUCAUAUUGUAUUCUAUUCAGACAGUAAGAAAGAAGCUCUAAAAUGAGUAGUCUAACUUAGUUUUGUUUGUUUUUUGUCAAAACACAUUUUGAGUUUGUUUCUUUGUUCCCAGGUUGUCCUCUCGCAUCAUGCAAAAUGGGCACGGUAAUGAUUUGUCUUCUUUUUAACUUUGUCUUUAUCUAAAAAAAAAAACCAUAUGUAGGCCUGUCACGAUAACAAAUUUUGCUGGACGAUAAUUGUGCUACAAAUUAUCGCCGAUAAACGAUAUUAUUGACACCGUUUUUUAAAUUAUAGAUAAUGAUAUUAUAUGGCAUAAUAAUGCGAGUACACCAUGUCAAAAGUGAUUAACUUUAAUUUCCACACGAGAACAACACUGGUUGUUUUCGUUGACUAAAAUAUUUCCCUUUUCUCCCACGACGAAGACGUAACGUUGACGAGCUAAACAUAAGUCGGAGAUGACUAAAAUGUGACGAGACGAAAGUGCAUUUACGUUGAUGGGACGAGACGAAAAUGACGAACAGAGUUGCAAAACUCAGUCAGUUAAAUGCUAAACAUAUAGGAGCAGCUUCAGUCCGCUCUGACAGCUCUCAUCAUCCUGCUGUGCUCCUCCAACACACAGACACGCACGCGCGCGCACACACACACACACGAGUUUUGUGGUUGACGAAAACAAAACGAGUUUAAAGCCGAAAUAUUCCCACACUUGGGCUGUUGCGUUCGGUUUAGACACCAAAGCUGUCGUGUUCAUUCUGUUAGCUUGCUUUUCACUCACGACGCUCACUUGCAGCACUGUAUCCAAAAGUCUGUUGCUGCGUCCGAACUGCCCGCUCGGAUACUACAUGCUACUGCUACGUGCUACUGCUAGAUCCUACUCCUACAUACUAAACACGUUGGCCCAAUUCGGACACACUAGACGAGCGGUGGGGAAAGACGACCCCCGCAGGCAGAGAGUAGGUACUGCGCCCGCGCAGACAGAGGUAACUGAAGCCCCUCAUCUGCGGGCCUGGCUGUAGUACUGCAGCUGUGCAGUUUAAUGAUGGAAUAAGUGAGCUUUACCUCCAUGAUGUCGCCACAUAUUUGCUCAUAAAAUGAUUACUUGGGCAAAUAUGACACCAUGACAUGACAAAGAGAUACAACCGCACAUUUUUUAGGACAGUGUGUGAAGUUACAUGAAACUUACAUCUGUACUGCUGCGGUCCCGCGACAUGGUGCACGCUGUUGUGGCCAGCCGGCGUUCGCGACACAUUUAAAUAGGCAGAGCAGCUGGUGGCGCUAGCAUCACAUGCGCUUCUACAACUUUUAAGAGGACGAAGAAGAAGCCCGUGGUGCAUUUUGGGUCAGUAGCAUGCCCGUAGGAUGCACCGAGACCAACCUACAAUGUGGGCGUGUCUAGUAUCUGAAGUAGUAUCUGAAGUAGCAUGCUACUCGCUCCGGUGGCCAAUUCGGACAUGCUAGAUACGACUUCGACUACUACUUCGACUACUACUUGGCAAUUCGGAUGCAGCUUGAGUCUGUGUGCCUGUGCGCGCCAGCCCCUUCGUGACAAAGACACUGAAUGACUGACAGGAGGGUUCACUAACUCCGUUCAUUCCGCUAUAGAGCCAACGCCCCCAGGUGCCGAGAAAAAUGCGCAGAGUGAGACCUCUUCUCUCAUCCAGCGUGUUUGGUAGCGAGAGAGGAGGAAAACAAACGCACGUCAAUUAUCGAGGCUGGCAAAAUGACCGACCUCGUUUUUAUUUAUCGAGCGAUAAGGCGAUUUAUUGAUUAUCGCGACAGGCCUAACCAUAUGCUUUCACGUGCCAUACGAUAAAGGGUUAACCAAGUAUUUGUUGAUGUUGCAGCUCAUAUGAAUCAGACCGGAGGGGGAGAUCACUCCCACAUGAACGGCCAUGUGGAGCUGAAGAGGAGCUGCAGGGUGAAGAAGAGCCAAUUUGAGCACCUCAAUCAGAGCCUGCUGUUUGACCAGCUGGUCAACAGGUAGCCAACCAUCACACUAUUGAAACCUUUCUGAAUAAAUGUUUAAUGUGUGAUUACAUAAUCUGCAAGAAGAAAUUAAAUGUAGGAGUAUAGUUUCUUUAGCUUGCUACACAUGGAUUGACCAUUUAUAUCUUAGAAUACUAUGAGAAAUGCGAUCUGGAGCAAAAGUUUUAUCCCCUGUCCUCUCAAAUUGUAAGUAAAGCAGCAGUGAAGUUAGAGCUUUUAGUCCUGUGAGCCAGCAGUGCAUCACAGCAGUAAUUCUUUCACCAAAUUAAGAAGCAACAAAAGAAAAGUCGCAUUCUAAAUACCGGGCUUGUAGAUGUUGUUCAUAUACCUCUAAUACAAACUAUGUGUGUUCACAGCACUGCUGAGGCUGUCCUUCAGGAGAUGGACAACAUCAGCAGCAUCAGGCAAAACCGUGAGGUGGAGCGACUCCGCAUGUGGACGGGAGACACAGAGGAGGUAAGUGUGGCCUCCCCCCCAUGUGAGUCACAACCCAAUAUCUAAAUAAGUAACUCCUGAUUAUUUUGAUAUGUAUACUGGAGAAAGAAUAAAAGCCCUGCCUUUACAGGAAAACAUGGACAUGUAUUCUCGGGUGAAGCGUAGGAAAUCAAUGCGUAGGAGUACUUUCAGCAUGCCUGCACACCAUAAAGCCAUGAGUAAAACCGAGCAGGAGGAGGACGAAGAGGAGGGUACGGAAGGUAAGUUUUGUACCGACGCUCUUGUAACAAAUCAGUACUCAUAAAAACUUAAUGAACCACUUAUCUGAAGUGUCCAAAUCAUAACAUUUAUACCAAACAAGUGGGCGUGUUUUAAGUCGAUCAUUUUAAAGGUUUGGUUGCACUGCCAUCUGUAGAUUGAAAACACCACCUGUGACUUUUUAGAUUCUCAUGGGGAGGAGGAGGAGGAAGAAGCAGAGGACGACGAUGAAGACGAUGAAGGAGAUGAAGCGGAAGAGGCGGGAGAGGAAAAUGACAGGCCAUACAACUUGAGGCAGAGAAAAACAGUGCAGAGAUAUGAAGCGCCACCUAUUGGUAAAUUGUGGUAUUUCUAGUUCUUGAGUUAGAACCACAUUUGUAAUUUGUGGUAGCUUUGUCCUCAUCUGUGUGGAAACUAAUUCGGAGGCUCUGUAUGUGAAAACAAUUUGCCUGUAUUUCCUAUCUUAGAGCCUGUGAACAGAAAACAGAGCAACCCCUCACUGUUUGACACCCAUAGAUCCCCAGCAAGAAGAAGCCAUAUAAGGUCAGUAGCAGUUUGUGGAAAAAUGACCCUCAAAUUCAAUGCGAAACAUGUUGCUUCAGUGGCUGAUAAACACAGAGCUUUGAGCCCUUUUAUCAGUCUCUGCUGAUUACAUUAUUUGACUUAAAUGGUCUUUUAACUUUAUCUCGAUAAUCACGCUCCUCUAGAGUGAAGAAACAUGCCAUUCACAGCAGUGACACCACCUCGUCUUCUGAUGAGGAGCGGUUUGAGCGGAGAAAAAGCAAGAGCAUGACCCGAGCCAGAAACAGGUGACAACUCCUGCGAUCUAUCUGUCUUCAAUCUUUCGUCUACCUUUAAUCCCCCUCUGUUAUACUUAGCUUUUGAUUAAAAAUCUUCCAAUUCUCUCCAAUGUCUACAACCAUCAACAUCAGUACAGAGCUGGAGCAUUGACUGUCGCGCCAGCUUUUUGUGUCACUGUGUGUUCCGAAUAUGCAUAUGGAUGUCUUUACUAAUGCCAGUCUGUCAUUUUGCAGGUGUUUGCCAAUGAAUUUGACAGCAGAAGACCUGGCCACUGGUGUGCUGCGUGAUCGGGUGAAAGUAGGUACCAGUCUGGCUGAUGUGGACCCCAUGAACCUUGACACCUCAGUGAGUAAAACAUCUGACAAUGGAAUAGUUCUUGGAUUUUAUAUUUUAGUAAAACUGAGCAGGUAGUUUUGUUGUGACGGAUAAACUUGCUUUCUUGCAGCUGUUAAAAAAAGACUCCUCUUUUCAGCUGUGAAAAUGUGUUUUUUCCUCACAGGUGAAAUUUGACAGUGUUGGUGGCCUCAGUGAUCACAUUCAGUCACUCAAGGAGAUGGUUGUGUUUCCACUGCUUUACCCUGAGAUCUUUGAGAAGUUUAAGAUUCAGCCCCCCAGGUGAGAAAAGCCAAUAUUUUGCUGCUGAUUUCAGAAAAGAGGACUGAUCUGGUUCUGAGUGUUUUUUGUAUUCUCUGCUGUCUUUACGCUACUAUUGUCAGAUAAACAUGGCACCAUCUUGUCUCCUUUUUUAUUAGGGGGUGUUUAUUCUACGGCCCUCCAGGGACAGGAAAGACUCUGGUUGCUCGGGCGCUUGCUAAUGAGUGUAGCCACGGAGACAGGAAGGUGUCUUUCUUCAUGAGGAAAGGAGCCGACUGCCUCAGCAAGUGGGUCGGUGAAUCAGAACGCCAGCUACGCCUGCUGUUUGACCAGGUUAGACACAGAAGCAGCUCUUAACAACUUUAAAGUGACAUCCUCUUUAGCCUGGAUAAGUUGCCUGACCUGAUAUGACCUUAUAAUGCUAACAGAGGAGUGCCAUUCUCUAGCAGGGCUUUGUUGUCACUUUAUAUUAUUAGAUGGUGAUCAUUGUUUUUGGGGUAAUGUUUUUCUUUUUGAUUUUAGUGUAAUGUUCUGGUUUUGGUCUUGUUUGCUUUGGCUCAGGCUUACCUGAUGAGGCCAUCUAUAAUUUUCUUUGAUGAGAUCGAUGGUUUGGCUCCAGUUCGUUCCAGCAGGCAAGAUCAGAUACACAGGUAAGGUGAAUGUGGUUUUAACCCUCCAUGUCACAGAAGCACUAAAUGUUAAUUUCUAGGCUGUACUGCUUUCUAUAGAAUGACCCACCAUGAACAGUUUUGAGCAACUUAUGUGCACACGAGCCUUUUCAGUUGCUGGUCCCAGGCUGUGGAAUAAGAGAAUGAGACUUAGGGCACGUUUACACCACCCUGGUUUAGUCCGGUUGAACCGAACCCUGGAGCGUUUACCCCCUUGGUGCGGUUCGUUGACAUCGAACUCUGGAGCGGACCAAAUAAACGAACUCUGGUCCGCCUGAAGAGGUGGUCUCGGACCGCUAUCAAGUGAACUCUGGAGCGGUUCAUUUCUGGUGUGAACGUCAUCCACACCAAUCACAGGACAUGCACCACACAUAUCUAGACUAUUUGUAAUGGUGGUUGUGAAAUAAAUGUUGUCCGCUUACCUCACUUGUCCAGAUUGACACCAGAGAGAAAACGCAUCGUGGAAGGCUCUCAUUAAUGCCUGUCGCCGUCUCGCGCUCGCUGGCUAACAAGCCGUUUAUAUGCGCGAUCGACUAGCGUCUUUUGGUACGCGCUCCAGAUGAGUAGCAAAAGCAAAAUCAGCCUAUGAUGCUCCAUGAAAGGCGAAGACAGCAGAGCACGGUUUGUAUUCCCGCAUAAACUAAUGACCAAUAACCGAAUGAUAUUCGCAGUCACGUGAUUUCAGGUUCCGUUUUCUGGAGCGAUUGUCCUUUGUGAACGCAAACCGGACCAGUUAAACAAUCAAAACAAAUGUAUCAUCUUGCCUUGGAUUCGAAUCAGGAAAUGGACCUUUACGUGUGAACACGACCUUAUUCCUGACCUGGGCCUUUUCAAAUCUCGAUAGAAAACGUAUUUAUUUAUGCUGGCUUUUAAUUCCCAGUAGCGUAGUGACAUGUUAUUUUAUUGCAUUGUACCUUAUUCUUUUUUUAUAUUGCUUUUAUUAUUUUUAUUGUUUUUAUUUAUUCGUUUUUAUUUACUAUGUAUUGUAAAGCACUUUGGUUCACUGAAAGGGUUGUUGUAAAGGGCUGUAUAAAUAAAGAACAUUUAGUGGGGCUAACAACGUAAUGUUUACAGAGACCACUGAAUCCUCAAUUCUGCUAGGGGGGGAAAGCUACCUGAACCCCUUCUUUUGAUACAGAGGUAGAAACCUUGCAAACAGACAUGCAACAGAUCCCAUGAUUGAAGUGAAUAAUAACUAAGAAAUACAGAAAUACGCCCUCGGCACACGUAUGUGAAUUUUCAAAAACAACCCUGUCAGAAGUUAUUUUGUUAGAUUGCUGUAGAUGCUUCACAUUGGUUACACUUCAUGCUACUUUGUUUAAUAGUCAUCGAGCAGCCAUAGCUUUAGGGACUGGAAAUGCUAACAAUCACAUUUCUUAUUUAGACCAUUUCAACAUGACCCGAAGGUGAGGAAAUAUCCUAUUAUGCAAACACAGCAGGCACUUGAUCCUGGUGCGAACGGCUGCCAUCGAGAUAAUGGAAUCUUUUGUAACUGUGAAAUGUUAGAUUACAGUUGUAGACCAAAGUUGAUUUGAAAUAUGUGUUUAUGCUUUGUGUUCCGCUCUCUCUGCCAUGCUGGGUAAAUACUUGCUCGGAGCCUUAGUUAACAGAAUAACAGAACAAUCUUAUCUUUGUACCACACCAUGUCAUUCAUCAAGCAUAAGAAAAGGUCUGAGUAGUAUUUGCAGAAAUGAGGUCUAGUUUAUUUUUGGAGUCUGAAUAUUUGAGUAUAUCUUUGUGUUAUUUUCAUUGAUGCAUUACCUUUCUGCCGCCGUGUUUGUAAAUUCAUAUCUGAUUUAUUUCUCAUAAAAUUGUCUCGAAUAGAGGACGGUUAGUUUCGAAAUUGAACCGCGUUUGGAAGAUAAGUUACAGCUGCAUACUGAAUAACGCAUAUUAAAUCACCCUCUCUCCCUUCAGUUCUAUUGUGUCCACUCUGCUGGCGUUGAUGGACGGCUUGGACAGUCGCGGGGAGAUAGUGGUCAUUGGUGCUACAAACAGACUUGACUCUAUUGACCCGGCACUCAGGAGGCCCGGACGGUUCGACCGGGAGUUUCUGUUUAACCUGCCCGACAAGAAGGUGAGACGCAAAAAUAUUGUUAACAUGAAGAAGCUAAAAACAAAUAAAAAUGGCAUAACAAUAAAGUAAAUUUAGGAGCUCAGUUGUUCAGCCAGUCUUCUUCACCCCAUUUAUCUCUCAAAUCACCAUUCCCUUGUCCAUGUUCUUACAUUGAGACAUCUUUCAAAUCCAGACUUCAACCCUUACUCUCUCUAUUUUCUUUCUGAAAAGCCCUUAUAACAAUCCGGCUUGCAUAAUGCACAUUCAGAUAAAUGUUCUUUCUCUGUCUGUAAGAGAACAUUGCCUCAGAAUAAUGGCCUCAGCUUCCACGGACAUCUUUACAGUCGCAUACAUUUAAUCCAAGAGUCUGAUGCAAACAGAACAAUUUGUCUCCUGGCCAACUGUGCAAUAGUGCAGUGUUCAGUGUAAUAAGCAAUGUCAGUACAUGCACGGCUGUACCCCACGUGCACACCCAGCUGGAGACACGAUUCAAUCCAGCGGUAAUUUUGUGUUUUACUCAUAAGAGCUCAGCCAAGGAAUUAGUUCAUGCAGCCGUCGAGCUAGAAAGCCCAAUCAACUUUUUCUUUUCCUGACUGUUGGAUGCUUUUACCCGUCAUGUGAGGAGUGAAGCAGAUGCUUAUGAGAUUUCUGGAAAAUUAGGACAUUUAAGGCCUGUUCCAGGAGAUUUUCUACUUCUCAUGAACGCCCAAACUGAUAUUUCGAGUUUUAUAAGCGCCAGUGUUCCUGAUCAUCAGGCAACUGUAUGUGACUUAUCUCCCAGUUUAUCCUGUCUAAUGGGUUGCAAUGUGUAGUUUGUCCACACAGGAAGAUCACAGGUAAUUAAAGUCUAAUCCGCAGGCCUUUGCCAGCUGAGCCCAGUUCACUACUGUUGAGCUUCAGUCGGACUGAAAACAGUUCUUUUCUGCAAAUAACAUCACAUCCAAGUUAAGCUUCCCCCCUGGCAUCACCCUCGCUAGGAACCUUAAAUGAAGUUCGACUCACUUGUGUCAGAGGAACAGAAAGGAAAUGGUGAUGAAAGAUGAUGUAACCUGUUGCUCUUGAGUCAUAACAGAAAGCACUUUGUUCUUAAUGUCUGCUCAACGGAGCAGAAUCCCUGGGAGUCGAUGCAACAAAUCUCCGUUUUAGCAAACACCUCAGAACCAGUUCACACUUGCAGUCGAUUUCAUUUUGAGCUUUCUUUCGCUAUAAAGAUGAUUUAUACAAGUUGAUAUAUUAUUUACAGUGUGAUUUUUUUAUAUCAUUAUAAUCCUUUUUUUGUAUCCCGUCUGAUGAGAAGGUAACCCUUUUCAUUAUUUGCUGGAACCAACUGUCACUAAGGCAGUUUAACCUGCUUAACCCCUUAACAGCCCACGCAGGACUUGUGCUCUCUUUUGACUCUAUAUUCUGUUUUUUUUCUCCGUGUCUCUUUCUCAUUGAACAUCCCAAAUCUCUAUUCAGGCCAGAAAGCACAUCCUGGAGAUUCACACACGGGACUGGAUUCCCAAGUUGGCUGAGCCAUUUGUGGAAGAACUAGCAGAAAAAUGUGUCGGUAAGAGGAGUUACAGUGUAUAAAACAGCUUCCUUUACUUCAUUUUUAGCUCUAAUCAUUUAUGAAGGUAAUUGACAAUAACAAACGAGUGAGAAAAGAAUGCAUUAACCCGACUUCACACUGAAUACUUUCUGAUUUGACAUCUUUGCUGUGUAAAUGUUUGCCAUUUAUUGUAGAUAUUUACCACAUAAUGACUAUGUUUUAAGAAAAGGUCCUUUUAAUGAAUUUUUUAGCUUUCUCUUUGCUUUUUCUAAGAUUAUUUCAAAUAGCAAACAGAUGAUAUAUGGGUUUUUUAUUUGUCGCCUCUUCCCAGGCUACUGUGGUGCUGACAUCAAAGCACUUUGCACAGAGGCAGCCUUGGUGGCGUUGCGCCGCCGCUACCCCCAGAUCUACGGCAGCAGUGUCAAACUGAAGCUGGAUAUCACCUCCAUCGUCCUGGGGCCUGGCGACUUCAGCAAGGCAAUGAGGACGAUUGUCCCAGCCUCCCAAAGGGCCCUGGCUCCAUCGGGCCGAGCCCUAUCCCCUGCCCUUCGGCCCCUUUUGGCCAGCUCUUUCUCCUUGGUGCUGAAAGCUCUGCUCCGAGUCUUCCCCCAUGCUCAGUGUGCUGACAGGGACAACACACAUGGUAAGAUUCGAGGACGAUGGCAUCGGCUGCCUCAUUUAUUUCCCAACUGCAGCUUUUCCCUCUCUUUGUAAAUUGUUGAUUUUCUCUUGUCCUCUAUCUUGAUUGUUAGUGUGCCUCCCCUGUUGCUCUUUUGUCGUGUUUGAUUCUCGUCCCCAAUUUUAUUAUCAAAGUUCUUUGUACCACCAAACACUGAAAAUACUAUUAGGUAACCCCGACUCCCCUGUAGAAAGCAGAGGUGAUAGCACAAAGAUUGGCUAACAAAUCACCCUGCCGGCGCUUCAAUAACCCAACUCUCAUGGCAGUCAACAAAUGAGAGUUACAGCAGAUUAGCUACAAUGCAGCACCUGACCGGUGGGAAAUUGCUUUCAAGAAUUGUGCUUUUUUUUUUAAACCCAGCACAAACAUAAGUUCCAAGGUUGAUGUAUCACUUUGAAUGCCUAUUACAUCUCCCCUAAUAAGGAAAGUCUCCUUUUUAUUUAUGCUUUUGUGUGAAAUUACUAAAAAAAUGUCUGAGGUUUGAGAUUUAAACUUUGGAGAAACAAACUUUUAAGUGAAUUUGACACCAUGAUUCUCAGUAACUCCAGGACCAUUUGGUUGCUACUCAUCAAGCGCCAUAUUAAGCGUUUCUCUCUAUUCUAGGCGGUGACAAUCAACUGCUUGAAGAGGACUUCUACAGCGACGAUGACAAUGAGGAAGGCUCAUCUUCCAUCUAUGAAGUCCAGCCUACUGCAUCCCCAAAGAGUCCGCUAUUCCCCUCUGCAGUCCACAGACCUUUUCUCCAUUUCUCUUCGUGAGUGUAUAAAAGUUUUUUUAAUAGCAAACGUUGGGCGAUAAAACUGCAGUGAUUAGGAACAUUAAACUUCUAUGAGAGCCAAAACUAAUGAGGAAAAAACUUGUUAAAGGUUGUUACAGUUAUGUAAGACUGUUUUUAUACGCGCGUAAGGUCAAUGGAGUCCAGGCAGGGUUGUUCUAAAGGCAUCACUAACCUGCACAGAACUUACUGCUGGUAUAUAAUUGCAUUUUUAAAGAUUGUGCUGGUGUUAAAGUUUGAGAAAAUCAUUAUUUGGCUAAAUAAGUUGCGACUUUUUGUUCGGAGAAAGUUUCCAGUUUUCCCAAGUGUAGUCUAAGCUAUUUUUUAAUAGAAUAUUGAUCUCAAUUAAGUUGCACUUUAUUUUCUGUAAAAGUUGCCAAGAAGCCAGACUUUAUUAUAAGAGGAAAGUGCAUGAAUACGUGGCUUUACGGGGUGGAACAGGCAGUACAAGUGAUGUGUCAAAGGAGGACAAGGAAACAAGAGUAGAUGGCAACGAGAAAGCUCUGAAAUUUGAAUUACGAUUUCUUUCUAAAGGGACGGAAAAGAAUUUAAUCAUAAGAGUAUUGAAGAGUUAUCGUGCUCCUAGCUGUCAGUCUAAUUCAAUAUGCUUGAAAGGCAGAGACCAUAUACUGCUUUAUUAGAGUGUCUGGAGUAGGAGAGAAAGACCCUUCUGUGCAAGAGAAAUUGAGAACUGUAUUGUGUGGCCAGUAAACUUCAUCAGACCUUAAUGCCUGUCUGCUCUGGUUUUAUCAGAGUGCUUUCAAAGCUGGGAUUAAUCUGCCUAAACAUUAAAUCUUAAGAGGACCUCAGUGGAACCUUGCAGAAUUCUGAAGGGGUUUGAACACAGACAUUACUGAAACAAGCUUCUGCUGUUUGAUCAAUUUGCUUAUCUCCUAUGAUGAAACUUGAACCCGUUGCUUUUCCUCUGUUUCCAAGUGUUUGUUUUUUUUUCUUUGCUGUCUAAUUGCUCUUAAUUUGAAGGCUAACCUCUGUUGGCUGUAAAAAAUAGAGUUUUAGUACUAAGUAUCAAAAGGGAAACAAUAGUUUGUGCCCGUAUAACUUCUGGUAAGGUAUUCAAAUGGGUUAUGUUCAUGGUGAACUUCACUUCAUUUCACUUCACUUCACUUUACUUAAACUUCGUUAUGUCCCAAAAUGGGCAAAUCGGGUUGCAGCGGGCACAGGCUUUUUAAACACUUCUACACAUCAUAAAAGAAAAAACAUUUACAUAAAAAACAAUUCAGGAGGCAAAAAAGCAUUAGAGAUGAUUUAGAAGGUAAAAAAGCAUUUGUAGAAACUAGAAAAGCACUUGGAGAGCGCAGACCUCCGCCAAGCAGCUCAUGUCCCCCCUUAUAUUGAGAUUCACACCAAAACUUUUACUGCUACAUGUCUUUUAUUAACAUUUAUUUGUGUUUAAACUGGUAUCUUCAUUGUUCAUAAUGUUCCUAAACAAGAAAUGCCCUAACCGGGAUUCGAACCCAGGACCAAGAAAUGCCCUAACCAGGGAUUUGAACCCAGGACCUUCUGGUUGUGAGGCGACAGUGCUAACCACUACACCACUGUACCACCUCUCCAUACCACUGUGCCGCCAAUUGGUUAUCUUUCAGCAUUGAAAAUUUCAACGACACCCUUUUUUUGUGUGUUCUGGAUCACAGUAUCCAGAACCAAAAUUUAAUGGGAUCCUCCUCGGCCUGAGACGCACCUCUGGUGAAAAUUUCAGGUCAAUCCGUCUGUUACUUUCUCUGUAAAGUUGCUAACAGACAAACAAACCAACACUACUGAAAACAUAACCUCCUUGGCGGAGGUAACAAAGUGCAAUGUGUGGUUUGCGUACCAAUAAAAGAAACCCCAGAUCAAGCUUAAUCCUUCCAAGAUCAGCGAGAUCAGGCCCAUAAUACAUAGAGCUGAUACCCCUACUCCGUACAGCAAGACCACAAUAAUUCAGUACUACACAAAAUAAUAAUAAUAACAUCAUUCUUUCUGUCUUUAGCUGUGCCCUCCAACAGCCCACAGCAUACCGGCCUCGUCUGCUGCUGGCUGGGGCCCCGGGCUCAGGACAGAGCUCCCAUUUGGCCCCUGCCUUGCUACACCACCUGGACAAGCUGCCAGUGCACCGCCUGGAUUUGCCCACUCUUUACUCCGUCAGUGUUAAGACGCCAGAGGAGUCCUGUGCUCAGGUAACACGUGCAGCUAAUAGUCACCGUCAAGACCUCGUCAGUUUCGCUGGUGAUCGACUUUAGCCUGUUUAUGUCGCUGCAGGUUUUCCGCGAGGCUCGCCGCAGCAUGCCCAGCGUGGUGUUUAUGCCACACGUCUCAGAGUGGUGGGAGACAGUGAGCGACACUGUGAAGAGCACCUUUCUCACCUUGCUGCAGGAUGUGCCCUCCUUUAGCCCUGUCCUUAUUCUCGCCACAGCUGAAUCUCACUACUCACAGCUGUCAGACGAGGUAAGAAUACAGCGUACACACCUGAUUUUUACUUUUUAGGUUUAGCUUGAGGCCUGCCCCAAGUUCUUCUGUGAAUACCUAUUGCUAUGUGUUCCGUUAUAUGAGAAACAAGAGUGUUAACCUUUUCGUCUUUUUGGUAUUCAUGCUUCAAAGCGUGAUCCAGAGGGUUUAUUUCUUUCUUUCUCUCUAUCCGCCGUACUUAGGAAGCGAGUGCAGCCACAUGCAGGGUGUCGCGGGCGAAAGUCACCAGCUCCCACUGAGUUUUUAUCUGCUUUGGUUCCAUCUACCCUUUCUUGUCAUUUAUCUCACUAACCACCUUUUUCUUCCGAGGCAUCUCUCGCCCCGCUCCUUCAUCCUUCUUUUCACUCGUAUUCCCUUUUUCUGAGAGCCGUUGCAGAGGCAGACCACCCGCUGCGGGUUAGGCACGAAGAGAGGUUUUUUUUUAAAAAGUGAAACUGAGAAAAUUGGAAGGGGAAAAAAAAGAAGUAGAGAAAAAUAAGGAGGUCGUACCUCUUAAGUCAGGCAACAGAAGGGCUUUAAUUAGGUCCAGGAGAUGGCAGCCCCGUGGCUUCUCCCUAGGAUGCACACAAUAUCAAUAUUCCCCUGCAGCAGACAGUGCAGCUUUUUUCUGUGUGUGUGUCUGUGGCUGCUGUUUUGGCCGAUCCUCAACUCUGGCUUUGCUCCAGGGAAGUCAGGACUCUUGGGAUGAUCCUCUCCCUGUAGUGGACUCAUUAAGGCCAAAACACUUGUGCUGUUACACCCGUUGAGCUAUUUGGGUUUAUUUACCACCUUGUUUUCAAAGCCGGUUCUUUUCCCCGUCUGUCUUUUGUUUGUUUUUGCACCAUUCUUCCUUUGCCUCCAGGCUCUAAAUUCACUUAACUCCUCUGCGAUUGUUAAUGUACACGCUAUGUUACGGGUUUAAUUAUGAAAAUGGAAGUAAUCGUGACCAAUGAGCUUUAAAAAGGGAGAUUUCUCUUCAUUACAUGUUGGGUUACUGACCAUGUAGGAUUGGGAAACCACCUCUUAUUUGGUCAAAUUAAAAUUUCUUUCGGUCAUGGAAGGAAAAGUAAUAAAACCUGGAAAUUGGGACACACCUGAUGGGACUAAUGGUUUGCUUAAUUUGACAUGAAGUCAGCAUGAGAGUAUCAAGACUGUCCUCAGGCUAUGCAGGCUUUUUUUUGUGUGCCGUUCCACAUUCGAGUGUGUAGCACAGCUAUUUUGCAGUUGGGUUGCAUCAUUACACUUGUUAAUCAGCUCUUUUCCUGAACUUUUUCACAAGAGUUAAAUUUUUCGACUUUUUUAAGUUAAUUUUCAUUAAGCCUGUAGGUUACAAUGUGGUUUUGUUUUCCCCCUCUUACUUGCAAUGUCUGUUAUUAGCAGCUGACAAAGAGAUUAGGAUUAGUCCAAGUCCUGUGAUAAACAACUGACUAGUUGCUGCAAUAUUUAAUGAGUACUUUUAGAGUUGACAUUCUCACUGCUUGAAUUAUAAUUAACACAUAUUCCCAACUGUGCCAGUCUUUGGUGAAUCUGUGUCUUUGUUUAUGGGUUUAAGAGAAUGAUCCCUCACAUUGGGGAGUUGCCCCGACUGAAUCAGCGCCUUAGGUUGUCCUGAAAGAGCUGUAUUCGCUGAAUAAGUUGAAUUUUGCCCAUGCUGUUUAUUCUUUAAAACUGUUUGGUCUUGUUUUAUAAUUGGCCCCACUUGCUUGAAUUGUUUUUUUUCUUUUUCCAAGCAACAUUGCCCAUUACUUGUCUCAAAGGAGGCCCAGUAGCUUCCCCCAGUAAGCCUCGAGGAGUUUAGGUUUUAAUUUUUAGGCAUGGCCAUGCUGCAGUCUAUAGCGCUUUAAGUGAUUUGGCGGUCUCUGAAAGUGUUGCUCCUCUCUCUGGCACGGAGAACACAGUGACAGCUGCUGUCUCAGCUCCAAACCCCAACAGGGAACAGGCAGCAUCCCUCCCCAGCCAAAAACUGACACUGCAGGCUGGGGUCCAACUACACAGCCUCUCGCUCCCUUAACAGCCGUUCGCUCUGCUCAGAUUGAAUUCAUUCUUGCAGGGGUUCAUAAAGAACUUGCUGGGACAUGUAACAGCAGUGGUGAAUGAAAUGAAGUUUGGGACUGAUAGUGUCCCAUAAGUUUAACUGUCCAACACGUGGGUGUCGAAGCAUUUCUAAAGAUGUGUAACAACAUAAGUUAGAUUAUUGAAGCUUGAAUAUUUUGGUUUUGGUGAUGUGAUCCUGCAAUUAGGGCUGUUCUGAUUAGAGGAGGACAUUUUUCGGGAAUUCCCGUGGGUCACGUGAUUCCCGCGGGAAUCCCACGGGAUGAGAGUCAUUUUUUAAUUAAUCCCGUGAUCGGGAGGGGACGGGAAAAAAAGCAACGGGAGCGGGAACAACAUUAAUGAAUGAUAAUUUUCAGCCGUGUAACAGAUGCUUCCAUUUUUGUAGUCAUCUCUCAGUGAGAGCCAACACUCUUGACCGCGCUAGCAACACAACAGAACUACAACAGUGGUUUGACUCCCUGUCACCACCGGAAGUGAAAAGCACUGCACUUUUACCUAAAAUAAAUGCAACGUUUUUUCAACAUGUUUGGUUUUAUUCAAACGGGAGCGGGACAGGAGUGGGAGUAAUUUUGAGUGGAAGCGGGAUGGGAGUGGGAGUCAUUCUACGGGAGUGGGACAGGACAGGAUUAAUUUUUUUACUCCAGUCCAGGAUUGGGACAGGACGGGAUUUUUUUCUCUGGGAGCAGGACAGGACAGGAGUGAAAAUCCGCUCCCAUGUCAUGCUCUAGUCCCGAUAUGAUAUUGAUAUCGGGUAUCGGUUCGAUAUCAGCCAAAAAGCAAAUAUCGGAUUAUAUCGGCCUGCAUCUAAAAUGUCUGAUGCCAGCACUCCGAUACAAGCAGUCCAUUACAGACUCCAAUCCGGCACUUCUAGCCAGCAGCGCCCGGAUCCAGAGCCCACGUAAUCACAGCAGUGUGUACUAAAGUACUAACAAAGUAGCAAGGGGUAACAGUGAUGUCGGCUGUGUGGCAGUAUUUUUCGUUAAAGUCCGAAAAAGACGUUGCAGCUGAGUGCAAAACUUGUCAUGCACAAGUUUGUGCCAAUAUUUGAUUGGUAUCAGCCGAUCCUGAAGGCUACAAUAUCGGUAUUAUUUCGAAAGUAAAAAAAGUUGUAUCAGGACACCCCUACCUGCAAUGUUGCGUCAAACAACAACUAUACGGUUGUUAACGUUUUGGUCACUCACAGUCAUCUAUAUUAAGCAUAUUUAUCAAAUAUGUAAUUGGGUUUUUGUGAAGAAAUAUGGACCAGUAUUGAAGGUGUAACAGAGAGCACAGCGCACUUGUUCUAGUUUUGGUGAAUGCUCGUGCAGACCCUGUUAGUUUGAACUUCUCAUCUCAGCCUCUGCUGGUACCAUCUGGACUUGAGUUCAUACAUUGUUACCCAGAUGUCAUUUUUGUGUUAUAAACGUGUUGAAGAAUCUUUACAGCCCCCCUUGUGAUCUGUUUCAAAUUCUUGAAGCAUAAAGGAUAUUUACUUAGAAAGAUGUCCAAGCUACAGAUGUUUUUCAUGGAUUUUAUUAAGAGCUGUUUUCUCAGACUGUGACUUAUUACCAUCUUCCACUCUGUCACUGUAAUACCAAAGUGGAGGCAUUUCAUCUCUGAAAACUCAGACAGAUAUAUACAGUAGUUUUGGGGUAUGUCAGGAAGUCUGACAUGUCAAUUCUGAAGUUUGCUCUAACUUUUUGCGAUUUCACAAAACAAACUUGGAGCAAACAAACUCACUUUAGUCUCAGAUGAGUAUCGAUCACACCAGCAAACCGGUAUCAGAUUUCAUUCUUUGUUUGCUCUGCUCAGACAGACACCACACAUUUUCUUUGUACUUUGAGCUCUCUUACACCCUCUCCAACUUUUCUACCACUCAAGCUUUAGCUGCUGGUACCAACAAAAACCAUAACCUGCUUCAUACCACAAAGGGGGUAUCAGAAACCCCUUAUGUCCUCCUUGUUUUUCUCCUUCCUUCCUUGUAUUUCUCUUUCACUGAGAAGAGAGUGGAAAGUACACAAAGAGGGGAUAAGAAAGAACCGAACAGAAGGCGCUGGGAGAAAAGAGAGAACAAACAAACCAGGGAUAAGGACGUGGAUCGAUGUGAAAGACAGAUAGAGGGAGAUAUAAAGCAAAAAGUUAGAGCUUAGUCAGCAACAGGGAUUCCCAUUGGCAGUGGCUUUGAGCUCCGACUGUGGAAAGGGGAUCUUUAAAGCCCUCUGUAGCUCCAGUGGAGAUGCUUGAAAGAUUUGGCCUAAGAACAGACAUGUCUCUGCAGUGGAAGUCUCUGCACUGACUCAAAAAAAAAAAAAUCCAAAACCAUUGUCUACGAACACAGUUUGUCAAAAAUGUACCAUGCAAAGAUGAGACCCCACAUAAACAUGAUCUAAAAACAUGGAGGACUUCCUCUCAGGUCUGACGAAUCAAAACUUAACAAUCAUGGACUUUUCAGUGAUGAUGUAUGGGUGCAAAAAUACCUGUGGCAUGGUUAGUUUAUGCAUCAAGAAAGGCACCAUCAAUGCUGAACUACACACACAGAGAUUUUGGAGCAACACAUAAUGUCAACCAGAGAAUACCUUGCCUAAUACACUAAGAGAAAGCCUAACUACAGCAUUGCUCUCUAAUGGAAGAGUCUAGGUGCUAAAGCUCUCCCUACUUAUUACCUACGAAGCACAUUUGGUGCAUUAUAACACAAGUGACAACAAAGGCGAUCCCAAACUUUUGAACAGCUGAAUUUCUGUCAUACACCCCAGAAACACCCCAGAGACUGAUGUCUUUGGGUCCUAAAUGUUUACACCGUUGUCAAAGGGAGAGGUCAUGCAAUAUUUUCAAUCAAAUCCAGGUUUUAAUAAUAUACAAGCUGAUUUUUAACCACCAUCCUCUGGUUCUUUCUGACGCAGGUGAGAAGUAUGUUCCAGAGAAGCUACGGGGAAGUAGUGACACUGUGCCCUCCAGGAGAAGAGGACAGGAGGAACUUUUUCUCUGAUCUGCUCCUGGUCCAAGCGGCCAGGGGUCCCCCUCGCCUCAGGAAUACAGGUAACUUCUGUCCUCACUGUGGCAUUCAGAAUGAGACAGCCCCCCGAUUAGUUUUUGCAGUCACCUAGAGGGCAGUGUUGACCACCUUUGCUUUGUCACUUCCAGGACCGUUUUCAUCCGUAUCUUGUAGACCUUUUUAGUACAUCCAGUGAAAGGCAGAUAAGCAGAUGUUUUUGUGUAUUUUACAUUUGUGCAUUUGAGAUAAAUUUUGAAGAUGCUGAUUUUAAAUGUUAGGCAGCGUUAUUGUUUCAGCUGAAUCCUGCGUUUUUCUUAACACCUCUGUUUUCUCUAUUUUUUUUCUUUAAGAUAUCAAAUUCAGACCCCCUCACCUCUUGAUCAAACCCUCACCCACCCUUCAACUUUCAUUGCCCUCCGCUUUAGCGCUCCCCCUCUGUUCCAGCUCAAUAUGAGGGAGCUGUCCGUCCAAGCUUUUAAAUGGAAAUGUUGCACAGUGUUCAUAUGCAGCUUCCUCAUUGAUGCAAGGCAGGGGUCCUCCCGCUUUACUCGCCUGGUUCUCUUCAGGGGUCCCUGCCUGCGUAAGACAGCAGCUCGGCUUCCAGCUGAGAGACCCGCUGAAAAACAGGGAGAGGAAUUGCAAUGAGAGGGCCUGAUAGCUAUUAGCCAUUAUUAGAAUCAGGGUUUGGAUUGCCAAGCAACCUGGGGUGCGUUCAAUUCUUCCUAACAAUGUCGGCAGAUGCCUAAGGCAAGGACUGAUGCCUAGGGAGAGGAGGAGUGGAUAUCUGUUCGCCUUUCUUCAUCACUCUUUUAUUGGUGUUACUUUUCCCAUGUGUUUUGAUUAUACUCAGCUGUAAAACACUUAGACGUGUUUUUUCCAGAGACCGUUUUUCUAGGUCUGUGUACUAUGAUGUGCAGAAAAACUGUUACGGGUCAGAGAAGAGCUUGUUUUGUUGUCCCACUCCAACCAUUGCUCUUGCUGUUUUUGUUUUGUUCUUGUUGUCUGAAGUGAUUUUGCCCGAAGGCUUUUGUGGUUUGUUGCCGUGGGAUAACUCAUAGAUUGUUUGUUGUGUCUCUGGAUUCCUUCCCGCUGUAAGAUUUGAAGUCUUGUCAAUAGACGGGGAGCUUUGUUAAAACUUCCAGUAAGUUAUUGUACUCUUAAGAUUUAGUUUCAAACUUUUCUUUGUUGUGUCCUAACAGAGAGGUGCAGAGAGGUACUGCCAGUGGCAGAAGCUCCAGGCCCCAGAGUCCUGUCAGCAGAGGAACAGCGCCGCCUAGCUGAACAGGAGGAGAAUACACUACGUGAGCUCAGGCUCUUUCUCAGGGACGUGACCAAGCGCCUGGCGACUGACAAACGCUUCAACAUCUUCAGCAAACCAGUUGACAUUGAGGAGGUAAAGCGGACAUCUUACUCCCACUUUGACAAAGCUGGAUUUGGGCUUUUUGUAAAAAUGAACUCUGUGUUUGCCUGACAGGUGUCAGACUAUCUGGAGGUUAUUCGGCAACCCAUGGACCUGUCGACUGUCAUGACCAAGAUUGAUACCCACAAGUAUCUGACAGCAAAGGACUUCCUGGUGGACAUCGACCUCAUCUGCAGUAAUGCUUUAGAGUACAACCCUGACAAGGAUCCUGGAGGUGAGAAGGAAAACUGUUGAAAUUUUCCUAAAACUGAUUAUGAAGAUCUAUUAAUCGACUUUCAGACUUCUUUUACCAGGCAGUGAUUUGACAUUCAGACAAACCACAAUUACUUAUAAUCGAAGGACUAAGUGUGACCAUGUGUUUCUACAGUCGUUGUUUUGUUGCUUUUGGCUCUCUGUGUGUGAAAAAGGAGUUAGAAUUAACACAUAAUGACCAGGGAGGCUUCCAGACAGUAAAUUUAUAGGACUGCAAAGUGGUUUUCCCAACUGGGGAAUUCAAAUGAAAUAAAUUGCACGCAACCCCCACGCUGAAAAAUAGCAUUAACAGAAUAAAAUGUAUGCAGCUUAGCUAAGAAAAGUCCUGCAUUUGCAUGAACAAUUAAUCGUGUCUUGUCUCGCAGUUUGUAACAAUGCGUCUCUCAUCCUUCUUUGUGUCUUGGCACCUUUUUACAUAUGCAAAAAAAUGCCCUAUAACGAGGGCAGGAAAAGUCAAGGACAUGCGUAAACUCAAGCGAGACAAAGAUGCCCGUUAUUUACAAGUGCAUACAAAUAAAUUGCCUCGGGGGGGAUGAGCGACAGGCCCUUUAAUGAAGAUUUACAGUCAAUAUUUUGAAUAAAUUUCUAAUGCAUGAUAUGGAAAGGUGUGAAAACAUUAAAAAGAGCUCGUCACACAGAAGAAAAAGGGGUAUUUUAUGUCGGAAGAGGCAAUACCAUUACGAUAAUUGAAAGCAUACAGUAGGCAUUUCCCAGACCAUUCUGCAUUUCAAUUCAUUGCUUUGUGCGUUCAGAUUUUCCUGUUCCCGCACAAGAACAUAUCUGCCCCACACUAAUAGGAAGCAAUUUUCUACCAGCCCAAAUGAAUAAAUCAUAUCUCUGCCUUUGCUGGCGAAGGUCCGGGUCAUUUGUGGGUGUACAAAUGAUACACUAAAGGGGGAAAAAUGCAAUUAGGCAGUUUAAUAAAGAAGACUAACGAAGCCUCUGGCUGGAUUCCCCAGCGCUUGGCCCAGGGAAUACGGCCCAGACCUUGCGCGGUACUACUGCUGGGGGAGCUCUAUAGCAGCUGUGAAAAAAACUCAUUAUCCCUCAGUGCUCUAUUUCUCCUUGCCCUUCAUGAUAUCUUUAUCGCACCUUUACGAGCAAUUACGUCGGCUGCCUUGUCUUUUACCUCCUCACCUUGCUAAAUAAUGGCUUUAUGUGAAGAAGGCUGAUAUCUCGGCGCACAACAAUGAGGUGUAAUGUUACAAAUGUCUUUUGCUGGAAGGAAAUAGCGAUAACAACCGUUUGACUAUGAAGAAGUGCGUAAGAAACAACUGUAUGUCAGUUUGUACUUGUCUGUUCUUGAGGCAGGGCCCCUCAGGGCUGAUGAGCUCUUGGCAUCUCGGCUGGCCUUUGACACCCCUUCUUCUGACAGGCACUCAGACUUACGCUGGCAGCAUACACAUACACACAAAUUGCCUCCAUUGCAGUUAGCGGGUCGUCUCGCAAUUAGACAAAAGAAGCUGGCAGAUUGUGACCCCUCUGCCACCUUCUGCCUGAACUGCUCUUCCUCUGCCUGCCGUAAUGAGAGCCUGCUUGUUUACUGUGGCUAGCCUGCUUCUGCCCAGUUGUUAUUUUCCGUCCAUGGAUACAGGAGCAGGCAGAAAAAGGAGGAUUUAAUGAUGCUGUGCAACAUCCAAGGCAAUAGAGGCGUAAAAGUCAUACGUAAAAUGCACCUUUAUUAGAAAAUAAGUCUACAUAUAAGCAUACCUGAGAUUACACACAUGAACCUGUGUAGCUUUUCUUGAAGGGGUGAAGACUGUAUUAAGACUUACAUGCAUGUCUGACUUUUCCCUCUUGAAUUCCCCACCAAAGCUAGCGUUAUCCUUUUGUUCAGGCUGUGAGAAAAUGCUGCAAUCCCUUUUCUCACACAUGCAGUGGAGUGGGGUGGGCUUGCUGUCCUGUCUUUGUUUAACGUACAUGAUAGAGUGUGGAAAACAUGCUUUGAACAUCAAACUGUAAAAGCAGCAUGCCCGAAUCACAGUAGGAUUAAAGAUACUGAUAAACAAAAACAUGAAUUUAAGAUAAUUCAACAGAGACACUGAUUGAACCCCAGGGUUUCCACAGAAAAUAAAAAGCCUUUUGUAGUAUCGAUGGUUAACUUUACUGUCUCCCUCUUUCACAGACAAGGUGAUCAGGCACAGAGCAUGCAGUUUGAAGGACACAGCCCAUGCUAUAUUUGCUUCUGAGCUGGAUCCUGAGUUCGAUCGCAUGUGUGAAGAAAUCAAAGAGGCACGCAAGAAGAGGGGUAAGUGCAUCACUUCAGCAGAGCAUAUAGAGUAUUUUACCUCAUUUAUCGAACUACCUUAUCUACACUUAUUUGCGAGUAAUGGAGCAUUUUUAAAUACUUAACAUCCCUAAAUCUUGAUUUCAAUAGAGGGACAACUUUUCAAGAUUAUAAACUUGAUUAAUCCCAGUAAUGUGGUGAACAUGCACUUCCCUCUAUGCUAAGGGAUGAUAGUUUCUAUUGAAGUAGAUAAAUAGCACUGAAUCUAGACAGACAGAUGUUUUGGAGGUAAUCUGCUGAACUGAAAAUAAGGCUUAGCUUGCUUGUAUAGUUCCAGCCAGAAUUCAUAGCUUCUCUGUUUUGUUUUAGAAAAUUUUUGAUUUAUUAUUUCAAAAAAGUAGAACCUUAUUUUUUUGUGGGAAAAAAAAAAAGCUUUUUGGAUGAUUACCCGGCACCACUUGAUGCGGCUUUAAUGUAGAGUAUACGGCGCAAGCAGGAGCAACGCCUGAGGGUUCAGUGUUGUAGACAGUACCGUCUGCCUUAGCUGUCUGCCUGGCAGUCUGCAUCUGUACGCUCACCAAACAGCCCCGAGCAGUGCCGGGUGCAUUCAGUGUAAAUCUAAAUGAGCUUCAUGCACAUAGAAAAACACAUGAAGAGCGUUUUUUUAAAUGAUGCUCUUAAGCCAUUAGGAAGUAAUGCAUUUCAUUCAAGUGGGCAAACAUUUAGCUCAGGAUAGCUUCAGCUUGAUACGGCAAUUAAAAAAAAUCACAGUUUAACUUUAGACUCUGUCCUUGUCCCAGUUUACAAACACAGGCUGCAAAUUGAUGUAUUGACAAAAGUAUGUCUGCCUCUUUUACAGUAGGUGGCAAUACAUCCUGUUUCAGCAAAAUAUUAUGGAACCAUCACAUGGUUGACCUAUUACGUCACUGUCACAUGCCAAAUACUUCCCGUCUUCUUUUCUUUGUGAGAUGCUCACCUUCCUUUAAACUCCUGGGUUAAAGCCCAGCAUGCAAAAUGUGGAGCAUGAGCAGAAUGCCUAAGCGUUUUCGGGCCUGAUUGACGUAUUUUCAUGGGGUAGAAAAUUGACCCACAAUGCAUUAUUGAGGUUCAACUUCAGGGUUCCUAUAUGGAAGUCAUUUGAUCAAUUUCGGGGUCUUAGAAAAUAUGGGAAAUGAAAAAUAAGGUAUCAAAAAUAGAAUUCUAAAAUAGAAAAGUAGGUAUUUCCCAAAAAUUCUAAAAAGUAGGGUAUGGAAAGUAUGGAAAUUCCAACUGUGUAGGAACCCUGCAACUUUGAGAAAUUGACUCACUAUGAUUUGAGUCUGACUGACAUGUGUAUAUGUUCUUUAAAAGAGCAGAAAUGUCUGAAAUGUUAAUCGAAAUGAACGUGAAUAUUACACCCUUGAUGUCACUUAUUACUUUUUUAUUUCUUCUGCACUGUAACAAUCAUACGUAAAGUUUUACACACACUUUAAAGCUCUUAGUUUUAAUGAGUGACCUGCACAUGAAGAUGAAUUUUUCUCUUUUGAAUAAUUAUCUCCAGUUUGCACAGCCCUACUUCCCCUGCAGGAUUAUUGACUUCACAACUAAAGCCACAGAGGUCUUACUCUUCCAUGUCAACCAGGAAACUUAUCAAAGAGGAAGCAGUUUUUUCAGAUGUUAUUCUGCUGCUUUUGAUUUCCUAUUUUAGCAGUUUGAAAGGGCAGGAUGCUAAAUGAAUGUUGCGAGAGAGAAAAAGUCAACCACCGAAGAGGAGGAAUACAGUGGUGUAAAUAAUUCAUCUUUCAGUCAAGGUCCUGCUAUGAAGCUAUCAAUUAGACCAGCGCAGCAUGAUGUCUAAUUACAGCAGAGUUUAAAACCAAAAGAUUAUCCGGGGGAUUUUCUCCCCUGUGACAAGAUGAAAGAGCUGUGAUCAGUUUUCAAAUCAAGUGAUAUUUAAGUUUUUGGCAAGAGUUGAAAUAGCUCAUUUUCAGGGGCUUGCAUGCCUCUAUGCUUCCCUUCUGUUUUAGAUUCCAGUCACACUCGAGGUCUCAGCGUGAAGCUCUGAGUUUUUGCAAGCGAUGUAGUUGCAGUUUAAGUACUUAAAUCUGCUGUAAUUCACAUAUCACAAGUUGGUCACCUUUCUCUGACAGACUGAAUUUUCAUUUUAGCUUGUCAAAGUACUCCCAACUCCUUUAGCUGUAUAAGCACUAACACUCAAUUCUGCCAGUAGUAUGCUUCAGAAGUUACUCACUGGAUUGUAUAUGUUAAUAACUUAUCCUUUGUGGUCACUGCAGACCUCCUGGAGCCAGCUCAGGUGACGGCAGCUCCAACUGUGGUGACCAGGAAGCAUCACUCUGCAGCAGAGGAGCCGGCCAAGAGCAGCACUCAGGGCGAGGCCACUGAAAAACAGUGCAACAGCAGUGAGUAUUUCUAACAUCUUUGAAUCACUCUUUAUAUAACAGCUGACACAAUUAUGAUCAAUUGUGUUGGACAAAGAAAAUCACUGGAGUUUAAGUUCUUGCAAGGGCAGGAAAUAUACAGUAUCACCAUGCCACCUGUUGACGGACAUAUCAUUACAAAAACUGCUCAUGAUUAGGCAUGUGCCGUUAUGAAAAAAUUAAUAUCAGGAUAUUGGUGGCCCAAAAUAUCAUGAUUUAUGAUAUUAUCUCGAUAUAAGUGCAUUGCUUUUAACGUUAUUAAAAAAGGCAAAAAAACUGCGAAAUCACUUCUCUGUGCACAGCAUGACACGCACAAACAAUAUGAACAAGAGGCAGCUAACGCGAUGUUGGGAGCAUUAGCUUUUUGGAGCUAAAGUUAGCAGAAACGUCACUAACGUUGUCAAUAAUAAGCAGGAGAGUAGACCGAACUUGUUGCGGUCAUGUUGUUUUAACUUGAUUUGGGCGAACGAUGCUGGAUGGUGUUAGAAAUGUUAGACAACGGCGCUGCAACUUCCUUAUGGCAUAACCUGCAGAUUGGUGUCAGGUUUACCUGCUCCUUCUGUUUUGUGAAGCCGUAAAACGUCCAUACUGCAGACGAAACCUUUUUAAUAGGAGGAUACAGGCGAGGCGUUUCGUCAUUCUCAGUCUUCAACUGUUCUUGGUCCGGCUUCAUCGUUACGUUGGUUGGAAGUUGGAACGUGUGCGUCAACUUUUUUUUCUUCUUCAAACUGUUUCCAGUUUACAGAGUGGACACACUCUAACAGCAUUUUGGGUGGCCGCAAUGCAUUGUGGGUGUAAAAUUUUGUUGUGAAAUUUCUCUAUUUUCUCUGUUCAUGUUCCCGUUUUUGUUAGACUGGCAUUAAUGUACUUAUUCGAGAGUUUGUUUUGGACUUGGGACUACUUUUGUGGGGUUUUUUUUGUACAUUUUGCUAUCGACACCUUGGCUUUGACACCGUGGGUAAGAUUACAAGCGGGUUGGGUUGGUAAGUACUCGGCUUCACUCGCCUCUGCUGAGUGAUGCUGCCACUAAUCUUCAAAUUAUAAUUGUGGAACGAUUAUUACAGCACUGUGAUUUAAUCAUCGCGGCCGUUUAAUAUUGCAUAUCGCAAUUAAUCGUAUAUCGGCACAUCCCUACUCAUGAUAAAGUUAAUAAUUACAAGAACCACUGUAUGAUAUUUCACUGAAAUACUAACCAUGUAAAUAGAUGCAUGAUCAGCUGCAUGUGAUCACAAAUACACACUUAUUUAGUCUUUUUUUGAAGCGAUGUCCUUAACCCCUCAAGCAAGUCUCUCCAAGUACACUUACCUUCCUGUUGGAGUCCAGACAUUCAGACUGUGUCUUUGUCUAGUUUAUGACGCAGCAGUAAGCAGCUGCGUUGUAUCACAACAGUGUACCAAGAUGUAUAUAGCGCCAGACAGCUGCCGGCUCACACGUACACAUGCAUUUCUCAGCAGCGGAGAAGCAUCACACUGAGCGGUCUCAUUAUCGAGGCUGCUCUCUCCAAACCACUUAGAAACACGACCACGCCACAGAGCAAUUACAUGCCCACCUCUGGCAAACGGCAGGUGCCUGCGGGUGAAUAGGGGGCUGGGAAUGGGCAGGGGGGCAGACUAAUGAGGUUGUUACCCGAGCGAAUACGGGUAAGCAGGUUUAACACGAGAUCUUUGAAAUGCCCUCCAGCCUCCACCAGCGCAGUGAAAAAAAGAGGAUGUGAUGAGCUGAAAGGGGACGCCUGCAAAAGUCAUAAUAUCAAAAUUAAGAUGAAGACGUACAAAAUUAUGAUGGUGGAGUAUUUUACAUUAGAAACAACAAACCCUCUGACUGAAAUACUUUUAUCUUCUGAUAAGUCGACUUCUCUUCUGUAUCCGUCUUUUGUUUUAUAAAACCUGAUCAUUGAUGUUGUUUUUGAUGCUGCCAGAAUUCAGGCUUCUGGAUAUUCGUAGUUCAUCACUUCAACACUGGGUGGUGCUUGUCCCUCAUGAGAGCAUCCUUUAUAGAUCUCUGCUUUGAGAGUAAACCAUUUCUUCUACCAGGGAGAUACUCUCUCUGCUCAUGAGGGUUUAGGGUCUUGGACUUCAUCCAUGCUGUAAGACCCAGGAAAUCUUUAAGUCUCAAGCUCACUGUACUUUGUCUUGUCCUGAUAAGCUGCUAGUGAACAGUUACAUAAAUUAGGAGCUAAUAUUUUACCUCAUAUUCCCAGGGUUCCUACACAGUUGGAAUUUCCAUAUUUUUAUUUUUAGGAAUUUUUUUUUGAAAUACCUACUUUUCUGUUUUAGAAAACAGUAUUUUAGAACUGUGGGAAUAUAGUCUGUAAACAUAAAUAUUUUUCCAUACUUUAUUUUUCAUUUUUCAUACUUUUUAAGACCUGGAAAUUGAUCAAAUUUAUUUCCAUACUUCUCCAUAUUUGAGUAGGAACCCUGUAUUCCUGUCAAACUGUGGUGAUAUUGUAAAACAAACCAAUAAAGUAUAUCAGUCACUAACUUCGGCUUUAAUUGCUCAGUGGAUUUCUCAACUUUCUUUGAACUUUGUCAACAAAAAUCUUUAGGAAAUAAUAAAACAUUUGUCGAUAUUUAUAGACAUUCCCUUUGUCUCAUUUUGUCACACAGCUGUUAAUAAUGAACUCAUCUUAAUGAACACUGAAAAGGUACACGAAGUGAACAAAAUGUCAAUAAUAACAUACUGAUUCACUUUGAAGGAGAAUAAUGUCUGAGUGAAAAAACGAGCAAAUGAUUGUGACACCUCUUCUUCUGAUAGCACACAGAGACUCAUAUAUUUCACUUUCAGCAGUACUUGUUAUCUACCAAACUGAAUGUCACAGAUGUGGAUCACCAAUUUAGAUGCUCUUGGGAGAGUUGUUAUCACACUCCACCAGAGACUUAAUUAAUUAGCCGAACUGAGGUGAUUAAUUUGUGACAUCGGCAGCCGGUUUUCACCUGGAGCACCUCAGCAAGGCAGCUAUUAGGCUAAUUGAUCGCCGAGUCGGGCGUGUCUGCAGAUACGACUCUACCUCAUAAAAGUAGAAUAUCUGGUGGUGAAGAGGACAAUUUUCUUUCUGUGUUGAUGGGGAAGAAAUCAACUGUUCAUUAAGCUGUGCUCACUGCAGCAAGGUCGUUUUGAAGUUGGCUUCUGUGAGGGUCAGGACACAUAAAGUAUAAAAUUAUCCUUGAUGAUUAUUUCCUGCAGAGAGGAGCCUAUCAGAAGCUGUUUUGGUAUCUGCAAUUUUAUAGGGCUUUUUAUCUGGGCCACCUCCGCCUCUCGCUCUUCCAUCCUACUCUUCUUCUUUCUGCCCAGAGCUGAGAAAUACCUGUGACAUUCAGAUGUAACCAAGAGUGGAUGCGGGGGACGGGAUGCAAUGACUGGAACUGUGGUCACAGUUGCGCAAAUGGCUUUUUAAAAGCCAAGUAUGUCUCUGGACCAGGUGUGAAAAGCAGCGGCUGUUUAUAAGCUGAGAUCAAGGUGAUCAGGGCAGCUUCACGGUCAGCCAGAGGGUGGAAGAAGUGAGACCUCGCCGCUGUUGAUGCAAGAGGAAACUGCAUAAAGGAUGCGUUUUCCAUUAGUCUGCAUGAGUAACGCCGUCACAGUUCCUCUCCUGUCACUCUCUCACAGCCCUUCCCUCAAUCCUCCCACAUCUCGCCACUUCCCCCCCAAGGAGCAGCAGAACACCCAAAGCCCAUUACCUGAGCCACAGCUCAGGGUUCACACAGAGGACAUCACAUCAUGGAUCUGGUUCAUGUGAAGUGUCUUCCAUUGAUUCAUAAUUAAUGCCCUCCAGUUACUCUUAUGAGAAAAACUGACUGCCAUGUAAAUCAGAUUUCUUUUUCCAGUGACAGACAAAAAUUUCCAAACUAGAUAUAGAUUUCUGAUUAUUCUCUUGGUGCUUGAAAUGGUGUGCUACCUUUUCAGAAGUUUUUGUUUUUAUGGCCCCUAAUUCAGCUGCUGAAUUCUUUUGCGGGGGAAAAGAAAAACGCUGCAUAAUGUGUCCUCCAGUUGACUUAAUCGCACGCCCAAGGCAACAGUUGCCAGGCUGCGCUCGUAUAGAUGGGACACUGCUGUUUCUUGCCUCUCCCAUCAGAGUGGAGACUGUUAUCCUUCCAUUGUCAAUGUCAAUCCAUCACAAGACCUUGAUGGGAUAUUUGAAGACAUAAUAAACACUUGAGCUGCUCUUACCUCAGGGUGAAGUGGUUACUAAAAGAAGGCCUGUUGUUUGCCCAGGACAGAUUGGGCCGCAGGCACCCAGCCUCACAAUGCUGCUAUUGUCCCAAUUCAGGCAGAAACAGGUUAAUAGAGAGAGACUUUUUGGCUUUGUGUAAACACAAAGCGCUGUUAAAGACAUUCUGCUUUGCGGGUUUGGUCUUAAAAUGAGGUAUAUUUAGGACGAUUGUUAAGAGUCGCCAACUAAGAGCAACUGUAACAGCCAACGAAAACCAAGGUGAAAGUUGAUGAUGCAGUAUUUUCAUAUGAAGACAUGCUUUCUGCUAUCUCAUCUAGUUUUUGAACAAUCUUAGGAAUGAAGUAUUGAAUGUUGUACCCAUGCACUUUAACUUCAUGUAUAACCAGAUCCAAUUCUUCUCCUCGUACUUGGGAAAUAAGUCGUGUACACUCUUAUGUACAAGGUGCAAGCGCACAAGGUCUGUCCUUGAGUAAUUCGCUGGCAAAUUGAUUCAUAAAAGUUUAGUUCUUUUGACGCAACUGCUACACCAAAGUUAGCUGUAACGGUAAGUCAUAUCUGAAAACAUACAACACAAACAACUAAAAAAAAACAGUAUAAACUUCACAUAAAAUAACGUACUUCAAAUUACAUUACAUCCUCUUUGAGCCAGUUGCAUACAAGAGUUUAAUUGGUGAUUGGGUGCCUUGAGCCUUGAUUUAAGUUUUGUUUUAAAAACCCUGAAGAGUGUGCAGUCUCUGAUAUUGGUCUUAUAUUGGUUGGAAUUGAAUUCCAGAGGUAAAUGUCAUCUUGUUCUGAGCGUGCAAUAUUUCUUCAGCUUCCUCAGGGAUGGAAUUAUUCAGUACCCACAACACAAAGCGAGGCACAAAGUAAAGCAUCUUGCCUGGAACAGAAUGUUAAAUGAUAUUAUUCAUUAUUAGACCUGGACACUGAUUCUCCCCUGCUAGUUCUCUGCUACCAGGCAAAAACAAUCUUGAGUUGCACUCUGACACUCGGUGGUGCUGACUAAUACAUUCCUUACAAAGCAUGAAAAGCCCAGAGCGAAUAAGCACUGAGGUAGUAGAGCGCACUGCCUAAGCUGCCAUUUUGUUGGCACAGAUGCCUCUCGGAUCAUUGCAGUACCAAGCGUGAAAUGAAUGUAAAAUCAUCCAUGAUGCCUCUUGCUUCCAUUUAUUGUUUCAGACUGCAGAUGAGCUGACAUCAGUGUUAGUGUCUCUGGAGUUUCAUUCUGCAUCUCUGGGUCUUUCUACUCACAGCACAUCCUUAUGUAAAGGUUAUCCCUGUGUGAGCUAAGUAUACAUAAUCAUCAAAGCAGGGCGGUGAAACCUCCCUACAGAGUUUAAAGUUGUAUUUUUCUUCUGUUAAGGAGAAAACUAUAGUUUAUUGUAUAUUUCCUCUGUGAUUGCUGAAUGACAGCAAGCUGGAAAACUGAUGUUAAGUUUUGUGGUGAAACUUAAUUUCUGGAAAUAUACGGGUGUUUUACAUUUUCUUUUUGUUUAAAUUUUUCAGGAAAUCUUCCUGUUUUGUAUUUGAUCCUUUGAUUUUGGUGGUAAAUUCUACUUAUUCUAACAUAUGAUAUUGAUAUCGGAUAUCGGUCCGAUACCAGCAAAAAUGGCGAAUAUUGGAUUAUAUUGGCCUGCAUCUAAAAUCUCUGAUAUCAGCACUCCGAUACAAGCAGUCCAUUCCAGACUCCACUCCGGCACCUCUAUUUAGCAACACCCAGAUACAUCAUGCAGAGCCCACAAAAUCACAACAGUGUGUACUAAGGUACUAACAAAAUAGCAAGGAGAAGGAGUGAUGUCGGCCUUGUGGCAGUAUUUUUUGUUAAAGUCCGAAAAAGACAUUGCAGCUGAAUGCAAAAUUUGUCAUGCACAAGUUUGUGCCAAUAUCGGUAUCGGCCAAUAUUGAAGGCUACAAUAUCGGUAUUGUAUCAGAGGUAAAAAAGUUGUAUUGGGACACCCCUACCUAAAACAGGAGAAUAUCUAAUGCUAAUAUCUAAUUAUUCCCAAGUGAAGAUAAACCAUCCAUAACACAAAGUUAACCACGCAUACUCACAUCUCUUGCUACUCUUAAAGAAAUGGUCUAAUUUAACAAGUAACAUCAGGCUACCAUGAAACAGGACUGUAAGUGGAAUAGGUCUUUAAUUACAUGGAAUUACAGGAAGCAUGGUACUUAUCACGGCUAAUUGCUAAAACCCCACAAUGAGACCAGACAUGGGAAGCUUUUUUCUCCAAUCAUUGCUGACCUUUCGAAACGAACCAUUAUGGCAUUUCAUGAAAGUCAAGCCACUCUCCAGUCCCUCCUUAAAACCUGUUAAUGGUUCAGAGUUAUUACCAAACUAUUCCGAUCCUUGCAUGUGACUCACUGAUACACAGCACAUAACAUCAGUUAGAUCACUGGAUUUGAAAUACCUGGCAUUUCUAUUUUUUUGUUUUUGAUGUGGCACCAUCCUAUGUUUCUCUCUCACAGAUCAUUAACGACUGUGUGUAAAGCUUAUUUACCUGAUUAAAUCGUUUCUCUCUUGAGAGGAUUGUUCAUGGCUAAUUUUUGUAUUCGCAUCUGAUCAUUGGCACCCUAAGUGAGUCAUAUAUAGAGUUGAGAUGUUAAAUGAGUUCAGUGCACUUUAUGUUUUGCUGCUUUUUGUCUAUUGCAAAUCCCAUCCUUGGUCCUUUUAUGCAAGACUUAUUCAGAAUUUACCCUUGGUUCUUUAAAUGUAAUCAUGCCAAAUUGCUACAUUCAAUCAUAAUCCACUUUAGGAAAAUCUUUUUAUUGCAGAACCUGUUCAGGUUGUGAAAACAGGUGUAGGAGUGACUGCAUAGAAAGCACCAGUUGUGUAAAUUUCAGCCGGAACAUCAUCACUGCGAUUGAAUGUUAAUACGGGCCUUUUUGACUCUGUUCUGACCACUGCCUCGAGACUGGGAACGAUCAAUAUCAACCCCCCCAACACCUCAAAGUCCACCAACUGCAAUAUAGGGAAAUCUAAGUUAGGAUUACUCUGAGUCUAGACACUGUCUGGGUUGGAGUGGUAGCGCAUGAUCCACAAUCAAUUCAAACCAACAUCUAAUUUAGGAUUUAGAAGAACAGAUAUUUUUCUUCACAAAAAAGGAAUUAUAAAUCUUAAACCGGGUCUAUAGAGCGAAGACUACCUGUGUAAAAUCUUAAUAACUCUGUGUGACAGAUCGUAUUCUUUAAUAGACCCACAGGGAAUCCAAUUUGUAACAAAUCUGUUUAAAUUUGCAAAGGUGAGAGUCUGGAGAAAAAAGUAGAGUGGCUUCUCUGCAUCUACUACUCUGAUCAGUAAAGUGUGAGCAAAUGUAACAGUAACAUUUAAUCAGGGAGUAAUGAAGACAAUGGGAUCCUAUUGAUAUACUUUUUGAAGGCUUUUACCACAGCUAUCUAGGUUGUAUGUUUUCUUCGAUUUGAAAGAAGAUUUAAGAAGUUUGCAAAGAACUUGUUCUCUGUGACACAUCUCAAGGUCUAAAAGUUAAAUACUGUGAAAAAAACAGGAUUUCAAGGUGUUUCAUUGAAACAGCAGCUCGCAGCAGAGGAAGCUCUUUUCCAUUUACCAGGGUGAAAACUCAUACAUCAGUCAUAUGAGUCAACCUAGCUGCCGCACAUCCCUGAUCCUCAUUGCUCCUGCCAUACAGCCUGUCUGAAUGCGUGUUUUGACCGGGAGCAACAGACCUGUCCCUCAGGAGGCUUUCAUAACCUGCUUUGUAUGUACAAGUGAGCGUUGACUGACAUCCUCAACAUUACUUGGAGCUGCUGAUGCAUUGGGGCAUAUCUGUCUUCUAAGAGGAGGGCACCACAGGCAUUUUCAUCCCACUGGCCAUUUACUGAGCAGCAGAGAGGAGAGGGGACAGGAAUAAAUACAUGUGCUGAAUGAGUUAAACCUUCAAUUCAUGCACCUCAUGGCUGAUUUCCUGUUUGGAGAUGCUGAAUAUUUGCUGUGAGAUAAAGAGCCACCUUACAGUGGACUGUAGCUUCACUCUUAGCACAAAGACACAGUGGUUAAAUUAUUUCCAACAUGUUUAUAGAAGAUGGUGUAGCUGUGCAGGUUUUAAGGUGACAAAGAGCUCGAAGGGAAUCAGAAGGAAGCAGCACAGCAGUCAACGUGACUGAUUUCCUUCUGCUCUGGAGGCAAGGAUGGGAUCAUUUAUUGAUCUGGACAUUUCAUUAAGUGUCAGUGUGGAGUGUCACAUUGUGUGACAGAUGGCUGACCCACAGACCCCAAGGCCCCGUGUAACCAUGACAGCCUUUCUGGCCCCUUGGUGUUUCCCACGGCGUAUCCUAUUGCCUGUUAUAUACUAGUUUAGAACACUUGUGCUUUAUCUUUCAGUAUGAAUUAAUGUUUAGAAAUUGAUUGAAGACAGACUUGUUUUUUUUUUUUUUAAUCUUACCUCCUUAGAGUAAAGAAAUCAUUAAAUAUAACCAACAGUGAUUUACGCAAUUUUCAUUUUAAAGACCGUUAUUCUCUUCACUUGAGUUUCCUAAAUGUCCCAGGGUGGGUGUUCAGAGUAAAUAUUUCUAAAGAGAAAAUGUAAAUGAUUUAUUUUGUUUAAGCUAAAAGCCAUUAAAAUUUCUUCAACAUUUACAGAAGAGGAAAUGCAGCUUGAGAUGUGAUGUCAGUUAAUUACAGAUCUGCAAAAUUACUCUGAAGUAAAAAAAGGCAGAAAGGGAAGUGAUGAGUAAGUAUACUUUUAGGGAAUAAAUUAUUUUUGCAGAAUUAUAAGAGCUCUCACUAACGAGUCUUGAAAUUAUUUGACCUUUUCAUAGUAAAACAUGCCAACUUUAAAGAAAUGCAGCACAUUGAACCUAUCUUCUGGGAUAAAUAAAGUUCUUAUCUUCUUAUCUUAUCACAUAUGAUGAGCCUUUAUUGUUUCUUAUCUCAAUAAUGCGAAAUGUCAGCUGUCUCUCAUUUUGGCGGAUCGAUUUCAGUUUCUCCAAUCCAAUGCUGAACAGUCCUUGGGACUUGAAUCGCACGCAGAUUUUUGUGUGUGUGUGAGUGUGAAUAAAUAAAAUAAGUUAAUAGUGAUGGUCUUUGCAAUGGCAUCCUCUACUGUAAGUGUAUGAUUGUGCUUUGAAUAGGUAAAAGCCGUGUGGGCGUCAAGACCAGACAAGUGUCAUAUCUGCACCAGUCUAUUUACCAUUGGCAAAGUUAAAGGUAGUCUGGACAUCUAUAUGAAAAGGUUUUUAUAAAAAAAAGAAUACAACUCAGCUUUUCUUCUCCAAGUAUUUCAGCUUGAUAAAAAAUACAUCACUGUUACUUCUCCUUCUCGUGGAUGCAAACAGUGUGAACAAAAAUUCCAGCUCUCCAGACUGUUUAAUGUUUUGUUUUGUGACACAACUCCAAACUCCGAGCACCUCACCGUGAGUUGCAGGUGAUGAGGGCGAGGUGGAUCAAUACUCCAUUAAUGUUACAAGAUUGAGGCCUCGACUCCAGACGACUCCACUGAACAAGGGUGACAAAGAGCUGAGCUGGCUUGUGACCGUGCACGACACGGCUCUGCAUGCAAGAAGCUGCACUCAUACAGUAACCUCUAUCUUUUAUUUAUAUAUAUAUAUAAAACUUAUUGGUUGGAGGACAGCAGAUUAGCUUUCAGUGGGGACAUCUCAUGAUAAAAAUCAUUUUCUUUUUUCUAGAGGAGUACAACUAGGUUGACAUCAGAGCUUCUACAGUAUUUACACUUUUUCAUUUAUUGAAGUUUGUACCUUUUAAAAUCUUGACAACUUGAGACCUAAUGAGUUUGGUCUUUGCCCAAACAACACCUCAGUUUACCUUUGUAAAAUACUUUUAUUCUGGUUCAGCCCUUCAAACAACUUUAUCCAUGAUCACAUUUCAUCCUUGUGAUUUUUCUCAAAUCACUCGCUGUUUCAUGCCUCAUUUAUUUCUCAGUCAAAUCUGAAAGUCUAAUAUUUUUCCGGUUAGGGUCUUCUUGCAGUCUGCAUCUGUAUCUGCUACAAUUCUGCGCUGAUAUCUACAUUCACAUUCUGUCACUGAACCAAAUUUUCCAUCAUUUGGACUCCGCUUCCACCGAGAUGAGCAGAUGGAAAUGAAACAUAUGACCGCACCAAAACUCAUAUUUAUUCACAUAUUUAUUCACUCUUUAUUGCACUCGUGUCCUUGGUUCCAAAACGUUGUAAUUUGUUUCCCAGCAUGAGUUUCGCUGAAUGUAAGCCCAGUGUCCUAAAAAUGAGAUUUAGAGGGUAACCAUUCUUACAAGGCAAGGACAAGGUUCACCGCCAUGAAAACACACACAUACGCACAGGUCUCACAUGCAACAACAGGGAAGUAAGUAGAUUAUUGAAUAAGACAGCAUCCGUCCUGGUUCCAAAGGACUGUCUGUGUGAGUUUAGAUUGAUCGGGCAGCUGGAUUGGCCAGACCGGUGUUCCUGAAAACACUGAUACAUGUAUUGAGAAUUACUGGUGUAGUUUUCUAAGGUAAUAUUUUGAGUGAAACAUGAAAUUUAAUCAAAGAUAUAUUAAUUUUAAGGAUAUAAUAAAAAUGUUAAUAGCUGAAUUUCUGUUGCAUUGUAUAAUGGGGAAGAUUUAUAUAAAAUGUACGGAGGGUACAUAGUAUGGCACCCUCUUUGGUUAUUACACAGCUCAUUAACUGGUAAAUCAACAUCUUCAUUGCAUUCAAAAUAUAAUUAUUUUUUAAUCAUAUUAAGAAUUUUAUCUUUUACAGUAUGCCCUUGGCCUUUUCAGUUUGGAUUAAGAAAACAUUUGGCACCAGUUGCUUGGCAACUAACGGGGAAUCUAGGCUGUUAAUUGUCCUGACUUAGAUAUUUCGGGCACAUAACUCCCUGCAGUGCUGUGAUUUGUUGUUAUAACACUUCAGUUUUUGUGACAUCUUUGCAUAAAUCCAGAUGAGCUGUCUCUCCUUUACUACUUGUUUUUCAAACGUUUGUAACUUUUUUUAAAAUAAAGAAUAUUCCUCCAUUGUAAUAUUGGAGGAAGGAGUGACCUAUUCCAGAGUUUAACUAUGUUAGACUGUUAUGUAGGGAUAGGCGACAUGGCCUUAAAAUGAAUAUCACGAUAUAUUGAGCAGUUCACCUUGAUAACCAUAAAUGGACGAUAACUACUCCACAAGCUGCUCACGCCCUCCCACAUUAACUUCGUCUACUUCAGCCGCCGCUCCAGUCGCUCCAACUUUUGAAUAGUCCUCCAUCUCCUCACCCGUCUUUCCCUCUUUGUUACGGACAGCGUCUUAAAGGGACAUGAGACCAUAGCAUACAUACACACAUCCAAAACCAACUUUUAUUUAUUGGAUUUUUUGACACCGAAUAUAUAUUGACAUGGGCAAAAUGAUGUCGUUUAUUGUCGUAAAUUUCGGUAUUGGUAAAUUUUCGGUUUAUCGCCCAGCCCUACUUUUACACUAUGUUGGAUUCAUUGACGUGAAAUACACAUUAAUUUGUUGAUUUAAGAAUUUCUAGUUGAUUCUAGAGAACACCAGGUGUGCUCUGUGCCCCCUAGUUGUGUGGUAUGAAACCCUAGUGACUAAGAAGACACCAAAACUAAAGAGAGUCCUGAGUCCAUUAACAUUACCUGCUCUGGAAAUUUUCUCAUUUCUCUCGGCGAUAUGGGAUUUCAGCAUGUGUAAUUGCUUUUCGCUGCCUGCUCCCUCUCUGUUGUGAACGAGUAGUUUACUUAAGGAUUUAUUUUCCACUCCCUCCAGUGGAGGCACAAUGAUCAUAUUCAUAUCUUAUGUGUGGCUGCAGAGCCCGAGUUUUAAAAUAUUCAGAAGAUAGAGGAGGAUUGUGGUUCAGAUGAAGUUUUGUACCGUGGAGUCUUUCUGCAGUAUGAUUCAGGCGAAGGCUCUGCUCACAGCGUAUAGUGAGUUCUCUUGCAUGUAUUAUUGAUCUCACUCUGACAGUAGAUUGUUCCAGUACCCCCUGAUGGAAUAAAAAUGGAGAGGAUGUCAUAGAUUUUAAUUAGUCCAUUGUGAUCUGAUAUCUCUAUCUCAUAUCCCUCUCCACCCUUAAGCGCUAACGCAGGACCUUUCAAAGUUUUUUUUUCCUUUUUAAAGAAAAAUGAUAACUGUUUCAUCCUGAAGUGCUCUGAAUUAUGCAGCCUCAAAAAUAGUCAAAAGUGACUCAGCACGUAUGAUUUAGCAAUGAGAAGCCAAGACCUUAAUUCACUUUCAGGUCAUGGUAAUGCCACUCAUGGUCAAGUUUAAAAUCUCAGGGGAGCUUUAUUCUGUUUUUUAUUCUCCACUCUGUCUCUCUGCCUCUGCUCUUUUCUUUAUGAAAAGUUAUGUCUAAGUAUCUAACUGGAGCAAGGCAUUAAAUGAAGGCAAAACCUUGAAUUUUCACAGCAUUUAGCAAUCUUGCUCGCUGUGACACUUUUACUGCUCUCUCAUUUUCCUUUCCCCUUAGAAUUCGCUGCACCAUCUGUUGUCAUCGGAGUCAAACAUCUAUGAUGCAGCUUGGCUGUUGAAUUUAUCUGCUUCUCUCUUGCAGUUCUUGUCAUCCCUCUGCCUUCAAAACUACGUAAUAUAAGAAGUGUCAAAAACAAGGUUCUGAGUCAGUAACUGGAAAAAAUAUCUUUAUCAGAGUUCUAGGGCUGGGCGAUAUGACCUCAAAUCCAUAUCGUAAUAUAUUCAGCAGUUCACCUCGAUUACGAUAAAUGGACGAUAACUACUCCACAAGCUGCUUACUCCCACAUUAAUUUCAUUUACUUCAGCCACUACAACUUUUGAAUAGUCCUCCAUCUCCUCACCUGUCUUUCCGUCUUUGUUAUGGACUGGUUGGGGUGGAGUCACGUCUCCAACGUAGGACAGCGUCUUAUAGGGACAUCCAAAACCACCGUUAUUGAUUUAUUUGACACCAAAUAUAUUGACAUGAGCAAAAUAAUGUUGGUUAUUGUCGUAAAUUUCGGUAUCUGUAAAUUUUCGAUUUAUCGCCCAGCCCUAAGAGUUCCUGUUGUUGGCAAAGUCAAGCCAGCCAUCCACACCUGAUAUGUUGUUGAUUGUUGGUGCUUGUUUGAACUGAUGUUUAAUGUGUCCCUAUCUCUCUGUCCUCUCUCCAUCGCAGCUCCAUUAAAGCGGAGGAUUCGCCGCCGGCCAUCUUGGGGGCGGGGCAUCAUCCGCAAGAAGAAGAGCUACAAGAAAGGGACAGAAGAGGAAGAGGAGGAGGAGCCUGAGCCAGAAGUGGAAGUCACAGGACCCAGUGACUCGUGUUUGACGCAAGAUGAGGACUCCUCGUGCGAUACAAUGGGUCCUGAGCCGAACGGUCAUCACCCCCACCUCCCCUCCACAGAGGAGGAGAGCUCCAAUGAGCCUCCUGUUACUGUGACUUCAGAUGCCAGUGACGCCAGAGAAGAGCCAGCACCUACGGAAGAGAAGCCCACAGCCAAAGAGCUGGAGUCCGAAGGAAAAGAGGAACACAUUGAGCCGCAGAGUCCAGGAGAUGCUUCUCAGUGCAAAGCAGACGAGAAUAUUCAGGCCGAGCAGGCUGACAUCCAGCCUUCAAUCGAAACAAACAAGUCCUCAGAUGCUGAGGCCCAGCAUACAGAUGGUCUCCUGGAAUCGCAUAUGGAUUGUGUGAAUGGGAACGAUUCAAUGGACAGCCUGGACUCCCAGAACCUCGAUAGGAGCAGCGAUGCCGAGAAAAGGACUCCUCAAAGUACGGCUGAGGGCUCUCAUAAUGCAGAUCAUGAAGAGCACAAAGACACAAGUGAGAGCAAACAAACUCAGGAGCACCCUCCUCAGGAUGGAGAGACAGUAACAGACAACACUGAGGAAGAUCAAGAUAAAGAAGGUAUGAAUCUUUGGACUCAGGUUUGAUUACUCAGUUUACUGUGAAUUUCUCUGACUAAAACACACUUUGAGUCUCAGAUCAGAAGGUUAACACAUCCCUCACUCCCAGUUUUUCUGUUUUCCCAGUAGUUGAUGAGUGUAUCUCAGGGGAGUAAGAAGACACAGGUGGGAGUUUUCACCCACUUCCACUUCAAGUUUCCUCAUUCUACUCGCUGAUUAUUUGAUCUUUCCCCGAUAAGCAAUUAAGCAUGUUAACAAAGUGCACUCGGUUUGAGACAUCCAAGUCAGCGCUUCGCCCACCUCCUAAUUAAGAUGAGAAAUCAGUGUUUGAUUAUCUUCUGGCUCGUCUGAUUUACGCUCUGUUAAGCCUUCAGAAUACAGUGCAUGAAUAAUGCAACAUCAGUUAUUCAGACUCCAAAAGAUGUCUCUCCUGGCACAGCAGAGAGUUUCAACCACUUUAGUAAUUAUAUAUAUAGCUAUUGUAGACACUGCCAACCUUCCAAUACGGAUCUUGAAAUGCUCUUCUGUAGUGUUUGGGACAGAGAUGAGCAAGAACGUUUGGAAGCUGAGGUAAUGAGGCUAUUACAGUAUGGAGGAGUCGUCAGAGGAUGGAUGCUGACACAAACUGUAGCUCCUCAAACGGAAGACAAAGUCAGCUGCACCACCCUCACUUUCAAGCUUUCAAGCUGAUGAGUUGAGCCUUUUGUUUCCAUCAAAGGGUUUUUCUUGGACCUCGAUAUGAACGGACAGGAAAGAGGCCAGAUGUUGUGCCUCUCGUAGCUUCGAGUGGAUGUCCUCCAUAUGCUCUUGAAUUACGCUAAUGUGGUUCUCGUUUAAUGAGAAAAACACAUUUAUUAAUAAAGCUCCUCUGUUCGUAUCCAGAUGUUUGCGAUCGCGUGAAGUCUUUGCAGCCGCGAUUGUUAACUCUUCCUUCAACAAAAAUCUGUCCAUUAGGGGUUUUCAAAGCCAGGAAACGUACCAGAAGUCCGUCAGAGCAGCUGAAGGGAUCUGCUGAGAGGACAGAGGAGCAGCCACAGCCAGUCCCUCCCCGUCCUCCAGUCGUGGUCGACCACCAGCGACUUUCGGUAAGAUUUUUCCAGAAAGCCCAGCAACAAUCCUUCUUGAUUCCACGCAUGCAGUUAUCAUUUUAUUCCAUUUUCAUUGGCUGUGCAAUUCACUGACUAUGAAUUGUUAAUUUAAAAGGUACUGUGAUGAUGAAGUAGAGGGAAAAUGACCGCUGGUAUUUGGAGCACCCCUACUGUACUUGAUUUCAGCUUUCUAUGGCGGUCUCUUCUGCUUCUCUGGAUGAUCGAAUUGCUCUUUAUGUGCAGACAUUUAUAUGCAAAGGCUGCGGGAUGAAUCACUCAGCGCAUUUUCAUUGGCUCGACCAUGGCAUUCAACUUGGCCCUGCUCGGUUUGACUGCCGUUUGCGUUAUCUUUAAAGAGCCAGAGGACGUAGCUCCACUGGUUCUUCCAUCUUCUCGCCAGCUUGAACCGACACAUGUUCUGUACGCCGCUCAUCUCUGCAUUUGGCGAAACACCUCCGCUUAAGAUUUUUGUGGGCGUUUGCCUUCAUUGGUGAGCUGAAGGACUCAAACUUCUCCAUCUCUUUGUCCUUCAUCCUUUCCAUAUCAUCAAACUUGUAAAAGGGGAAUUAAUACUGAGGUAAUUUAUGAGUUAUUAUUGUUAAAACUUGGCCUAAGAAGUCGGCACAUACAUUGAAAAUCUUCAUGAAAUGUGGCUUCAGCAUGGAGGAAGAGGAAACUCAGCCAUGGGUAACCAGCUUUAAGCUUCAUGUGAGCUGAUGCUGUCACUCUCUCCUCCUCACAUGGAUAACUCUGACUGCUCAGGCUUAUUUUGCCUUUUCCAUUCACACUUUAGUCAUGUCACAUUGUCUCUCCUCUCUUCACUUUAUAACUGUACAUUUGAGCCCCAAUUACAGUAACAGACUACGUUCACAUCUCUCAAUCAACAGGUGUUGUUUCUGCGGUUUAUGACUCAAACAUGAGCUUCUCCUCACGUCACUGCGUCCACCAGCAUGUGUCAAAGCAAAAAAAAAGAGCAAGUGGAGCAGCUCCAAUGUGCUUUGCACAGUCACACUGGGGUCCCGGCUAAUACCCCGAGUGUAAAUUGAAGCCUUGGUUCAGUGGGUUCCCCUGACAGCACUUCUCACUGAUCAGGUGGGGGGUGUUUGGCUGUAGGGCGCCCUGUGGUGUAAUUGAUGUAAAAGAAGUGUCUUCUGACACGAGUGUACUUCUUUCCUUUGUGCUCCAAAGUGACAUCCAGCUACCAAGCUAUUAUCUGGUGGCUUUUACCCGUGUCCCCCUGAGUGUGAUGAGGACAGCAGGGUAUGUGCUCUGUCUUCCUGAACUUGACUCUCUCAUUCAAAGUGAUUGACAGGCUUUUUAGUUGGCUUGAUCUCAGUGCCUCAGCCGGCUGCCCCGAUGAAGAACCGCACACAGAACUAAUGUGGAGGUUUAUUUGUUGGAGAGUGGAGAAGGGAUAUCUCAAAGAAGCAUAUUGUGAAAAAAGUUCACUGUGAAUGAUUUUGUUUUCAUUCCUGUCCGACAGAACAAAUUCAAUGUUAAAUAAGCAGGAAGAGUCGGUGUUUGCUCACAGGGCCGAGGCUGGCAGGCUGUCUGAUGUGUAUUUUGGCCUGAAGUGGGUGGUGUACUGCUCCAUCAGAAGCAUUCAUUGAUUGCAGAGGAUUCACAAUUUCUAACUUUUUAAUUUGAAGAAGGAGACUUUAAAUCUGUCUGUAAUGAAACACCAUCAGAGUGUAUCAAGUUCAGCACUCACAGCCUGUAGGACAGACAUGGUAUCACUUUUAUAUUCCUGAGCCAUGGUACAGUCAGUUAUACUCUGAUAUGCUUAACAAAAUCAAAUCAUGUUAUUGCCAGUUUGGAUGAAAUGUUACUCAAUGCCUUCUGGAUGAAAAUCUCAGCAUGAGUAAAUAGGUUUCGAGGCGUGUUUGUCUUUCUGCUCCAAAAUGUUUCUGAUAGUCAGCUGUUUGCUUUCAUCAGUAAUCAGACACUUGUCAACAGAUGGACUGGAAGAAGUGAUGCUGACGAUUUUAGACACAAGACCACAGAAACAUGAAAUCUGGCCUGGAAAAUUUCUCUCUAUUUGACAGAGAACACACAGAUUAUCGCCUACUCUGCUGUUUUCGGCAGCAGCUGCCCACAAGGAGUGAGUGUUUCUAGUUUCUGGCAUAGUAUGAGGUCCUCUGGCUUGAUACUUCACUAUUACAGUAUUUCAGGAUUUCCUGCUUCAGAGGAGCCUGUCAGGGGAAAUGGUCUAGUGUAAUUUUUCCACCUUCCAUCAAAUUUACUCCUAAUAUCAGCAGGGGGGCUCUCUGGCAAAGUGGCCAUCAUGAAUAUGUUAGUUGAAAAGUAAACAGCUUAAUAGCAGUGCUGGACUAGAGUUUGAUUGACAGUAAAAAUAGAUAGCGUACGAAGAGCUGCUCUUAUUUCUAUUUAAUCUUACUCAUGCCUUUGAUGGUGCAGCCGUUUGUGCUUGAAUUGCACUUAAAUAGCCGAAUCUGCAUAUGAGAAGCAGUCUUGUAAGUGGCUCACGCUGCAAGAUAUUAGGGGUGCACCGGUCCAACUUUUUAAGUGGUAAUAAAUACAGACCAUAGACUGUAUAUAGAGUGGACAACGUGGCUCCGCCUCCCGUCAUUUUACGAAUUUGAAGCCAAAACACCCCCGGUAUUUCUGGGAAUUUUCUCAAUUUCCCGAAACAGGCAUUUGCACAGUAAGCGCUUUGGCACAAAAUAGUCCAACACUAACUAGACCUCAACAUCGCAACUAGGGGUAAGGUAAGUUAUACGACUGUAAGGUUUUAGAUGUGAGGGCAGAAAGGAUGUAGAGCAGGACGGCAGAAUAAAGAGCAACAGGUUCCAGAGCUUUGGCUUUUUACUGACACUUCACACACCAAAAACCCGCUGAGUCUCAACCACAUGCAGCAACAAAAUACUCCUGGUAGACAGCCACACUCCUCAGGUGUAGCUGAUCCCCCUUAAUUGCAGCAGCAGGCCAGCAGAAGAGCCCCUCCCCCCUCUCACACACUCACUGCCCAAUCUCACCUGGCUUCUCUACCCUCAAGUCUCCUCCCUCACCAGUAAAAUCUUAAUGGCCUUUAAAACAUUUUUACACAAAACAAUAUGUACACGCAACAACAUCAAUUCAGUCGACUUAUAUACUAAUACAGUUGAGAAGAAAUGUCUAAUAAGCUGAGGAAAAUCUAAACAAGUCAAACCUAACAAAAUAUCCCCUCUAACCCCUUUCUUCUGAUCCCUAAACUCAGUCUCAGGGGGUUGAUCAGUCGGUUUUCCUGUCGGCGUGAAGAGCAGUAGCCUACAGUAUAUCUACAGUAUGGUAUCGGUCCAUAUCAGUUGGGCCCUAAUGCUAACUAAUGUUGCUCCAGCCUCAUCACUUGAAUCCUUCCAGUGUUUGGAUAACAGGAAUAUAAUGAGUUGAUUUAUACGACUGGGUGGGAACGUUCAGUUUUCCCUGGCUGCGUAUAUUUAUGUAUAUAUUUUUUUUCAGACAGUCUGAAAUGGUUUUGCUUUGUCAGCAUGUUUCUCUGUAUAUCACCCUUCCCUUUCCGACACACACUCCCACAGUGUUUGCACUAUCUAUAUAAAGGACAUUACAUGAACCGUCUUUGUUUACAGCAGCUAAUUGAUGGCCAAUCUCUCCAACAACCAUGACCGAACUUGACAUUUUCUGUUUUUGUUAUUUUUCUCGUAGUUCGGGAGAUGUGUUUUGUUUUCUUUGUGUAAAGGCUUAGGGUUCUUAUUCUGCAUUAUUAGCUAGCGUUUUUGGAUCUCCGCCGUCUUAAAUCCAUAAAAUAUUAACAUCUUUUCCUGCAGCCUAGUAACCAAACCAGAUAUUUUCUCACAACUUGUUUAUUUUCUUUUGAAUAGAUGAGUUGUUUUAUCAUGGCUCAAACCUGUGGUAGUCAGGGGUAUAAUGAGUUAUCAGUGACGCUCAUAAUAAUGAGAAUGAUACAUUAAUAUUCAAGUAAAUAUGGUGACAUUUAGAGUUAGGAAUAUCUGGUAUUCAAAACCUUAGUAGAGAUCAUUUAAAUACAUCUUGGUUUAAAACGCACAGUUAUCAGAGAAAAAUACUCAAAGCACAUAAAUAAUGUAUGUUAUGAUAAUGAUGUUGCUGUUCAGUGUAGACCCUUUGCUAAAGAGCACAGAACGAGAAGCUGUUUUCCUUCUCUGGAUUGCAAAUAAAUAUGCAAAUCUAUCAGAUAGAAAAUACCAGAGAUGUUAUGUUGUAUCCAAAAUGACUCUUUUCAUAUUUAAGAGGAAUCAGGAACCUCAGUAUGGAUGAACCUCUGCACAGCAGAAGGGGGGACCGUUUUAUUUUAUAUGCCAGGAGCAUGCUAAUGUGAUUUGUCAUGAUUGUCCCUGACCCUUAUGACACUAUCUGUCGCAUUACCUGUGUGACUGAGCGCCACAUUAUGUGCCACCAUAACUUGAUUUUCUUACCUCAGUAGCUCUCCAUCCACCUGUGUCAAAUUCACCCUCUGUCCUCACUGAUGGCUGUCAUGGUUUUCAUGGAAACAGACGAAUCAAAAUCAUUCGUUAUUCAAACAUCAGUAUUGAAGACAAGAGAAACCUGGUGAGGUGAAUCAGGAAAAUAUCAGUCUUUCAGCGAUCUUAGAGUAGUACCCUUUACUUAAUGUGUACUUCCAGUGUCCAUGUAUGAUGUAAAGACCUUUGACUUGCAAGAGGUAUUUUCAUAAUAGACUUUUAAUCUAAAAUGACAGUAAUUAAAAGCACAACAACAUUAGAAUUACUGCAUUGAGGCGUGUAGUACUAACAAAACUUUGUGAUUACAUAAGAGAAACUUUUUUUAAUACUGUGAGGCUGCUGGAUUAGAUCACUAAUAUUUUGCCAAUAUAUCAGGUAGGGGUGGGAGAAAAAAUCGAUUCACAUAAGUUUCGCGAUUUUUUGUUUUACAAUUUUUAAAUCGAUUUUUUUUUUUGUAAAAAAAACGAUUUUUUUUUUCUUUUUCAAAUUUAAGAAUAAAUCUUAAAAACUGAUUUACAUGUUAUAUAUAUUUUUUGGGGAAAUAUGGUUCCUGGAAUAGUCAGUAGACAAUCACAAUCAUUCAACUGUUUCACUGGUGUUAAAAAUGCAGACUAAAAAUCGAGAAAAUCAACAAUAUCGUAGAAACGCAAUUUAAAUCGAAUCGGCAUCCCAAAAAAUCGUAGAAGAAUUAAAUCGGGAGAAAAGCAUAUUGUCCAAGCCCUAAUAUCAAGUACACUCAACACUGCUUGAAUGGCACAUCAGUUUUUUGUAAGGUAAGCUAAAAUAAAAGUGCAGCUGGCCUGUCAGAGUUCUGUACAAAUUCAGAUGUAAACAGAAAUUCAAUUAUUCAGACAUUAUGUUUUAGUAAAUCGCUUCUUUUUAUGAGGAGAUCAGUUUGAUGCAAAUCUCUUCUACCAUCGUUCUGCUUUGUUCCUUGUAGACAUAUUCAUCCCAGGCCCCCUAGCUCCAUCUGCUGUGUUAACAAUUACGGGAAUAGAUAGAGAUGUGAGUGCAGAAAGCGACCUGAGUAAAGAUGGGGAGAGGAAGACGGGAGAUCAGGGGGUUUUAGAGGGGUUUCAGGUGAAAUGGUCCAUGUCAGUAGCAGUCUUUAACACGUGGGAUUACUGCCCCUUUGUGUGCGGUUCAAUCACUGAGCCCUGUGUUAGACACACUCACCAUUCAUCCCACAGUGUCACAGAGCUCCCCGAUCACAAUGACAGAAGCUGGGAAGUACAGCACUGCAAUCAAGUGGCUCACCGUGAGAGGACGAGAGAAAACAAAAAGGAAAAGACAAAGUGGCGAAGACUUAAAGAGAGUUAUAAACACUGAAACAGAUAAAGAUGAAAUUGUUUCUAUAUAUGUGGUUGCUCUUUAAGCCGGAGAUGGAAAACAUAAUGAGAAAUAAAACAAAAUGCAGCAGUCGUUGGAUGAAGAGAAGGUCACGACGGAGUCUUCGCAUCAUUACACAUAUACAAGAUGGGCUGUAAUGGUGCCAAUUAAAGCCUUUAUACAAUGAUGCUCAUUAGAGCUUUUAUACUACUGCUGUGGAAAUUGGCAUCUCUUAGUAAUGGCUCUCUCUUAUGUCUUUUCAUGGCUGUUUUCACACCGGUAAACUCCCAGAGAAACGGCACAGAAAGAAUCUUAUACUGUAUAUUUCAUUCAAAGAAGCUGAGAAGGAAACUGUGAUGAUUAUAACGACUUCACAUAGAAAAGCCACUUUGUACUCAACGAGAGCAUUGUGUUGUCUUUGUGUUAAUCAGGAAAACUGUUCUCUCCUUAAAGAAGAAAUCAAAUUCUAUAAAAGUGCAAAGACUGUUAUAAAACUAACGUCUCUGCCUCUGUAAUUCUACUUUGGCUUACUGUCAUUUCCUCUUAGCCGUUCGCUGAUGAGGCUUUGGCGAACAUCACGUCUGAUUGACCUUGGCAGUGCCUUGGAUUAUGUGUGGAACAAACAGUCACUGUAUCCCACACACUGAGGGUAUUUAAUUUAUAUGUUUGUCUUGUGUCAGUGAUGGUAACUUUAAUUAUUGGGCCUUUGCUGCAUCCGUCCUUGAAUUCUGAUGAGCUCUUUUGUUUGAAUAGACGCACACAUACAGACUCUGCUUUGGUUAAAUGUGGGGAACAGGUCAGUUAAAGGGACUGUCCAGAGUGUUGUAAUUAAAGUAGCAGUGAAAUGUAAACUCUUUCUUAUUAUGAUUCGCCUUAAUUAACUGUCAAUCUGAUAUUAAUUGCUUUCGAACACAGCUGACCUCCAAACACUUCAUCUCCAUGAACCAACAUUACCUAUUAGCCGGUGUGAGCACUUAUUCAACACUGUCUGACUCAUUAUAGUUUCUCCAAACACAUGUAAAUGUAUACUGUGUGCCCUGUCAGUUUUUUUUUUAUGUGUAAUAUGGUUGGUAUUUGUUCUGUUCUUCAGGCUCUUCUGGACAUGGCGGUGAAGAAGAGUGAAGGCUACAGCGUGGAGCAGCUAGAGAGACUUUUCUCUCUCCUCAGUCAGUGUAUCUACCAGCACCGUAGAGAGUACGACAAAACCCAGCUACUGGAGGUGAGACUCUUUCGGAUUAGCCUUUUGAAAUUCUUUAUUAGAACAAAAAACAAGUUAUUCAUCACUGUAGCACUAAUUGUUUAACAGUUUGAAUAAGAGAUGCCGAGCUUUAACGAUCUUUCAGUUUUAGUCUCUUCAGACAACAAAAGGUACACUUAUACACUUGCAUCUUUAUUUCUUUCCUCCGUGAGUGUAGGUGAACAAAAAAGUCCUUCACAGAAGGUCAUUUUUUUCGUGUUUUUACUGUCGAGAUCUCUUCAAAAUGUUCCUCACUAAAAUAGCUCCAGUAUAUUUUCCCAGAAUCCCAUCUGGUCAUCUGCUGCUGCUGUAGAUGUCAGUGCAGACAGCUGGCCAGAACUGGCAGCAUCUUGAUGCUGGUAGCCAGAGCUAGCUGUCAGGAUGUCAGAGAGAGGAGGCAGCAGAGAAAGAGGGGGGAGCAAACAGUCAGCCAGGUGGUGCCGCCUCUCGACAGGCUGGCUGGUGGAUGGUGAGGAAAGGGAGGGCUUGUGUCUGGGUUCAUUUUAUCCUACCAGCCCAAAUUGGUGUUGAAAUGUCAGCUUGUUGGCACGUGUUUUGUUUGCCUGCCUUCCCAGCGCACAUCAUGCUUUCGCAGCAGGUCAACUUCCCCGUUCCUCUCCAAACACCAGAAACACAGAAAUGCACACAUGGAUGCAGGGUUUAAACCCUUGAUGUUGCACUCCGUUGUUGUUCCUCGUGUUUUUCACUUGCUCCAAAGAUGAGUCAAAUGGAGUGCAUCCAUACAUUUAUCUCCUUCACUGGCCUGGACCUCCUCUGGGCUCACCUCAUCUCUAUCUCAGAAGAGCUGACCUUUCAGCAGAUGGAGUGGACUGCACCUUGCUCCGAGUUAAAGCCAGAGGGACCCUCUCUGUGCUUUGUACACAACAUGCCAGCUUUGAUCUCAUCCACAAAACGCUCUUGUUGUUGCCCCAGACCUUCAGUUUCUUUCCUUUGUGUCUCAGACUGUAAUUUCAGCUCCUGUGGGUGCCUUUGACCUCUAACCUGGGCUGCGACUUUUCCAGGGCUUUACACGCUGCUGGCCACGUCAGCUGAUGUCUAUUUCUCUGCUCGUUUGUGUGUUGGCCACUGAAGAAUCUCCUGCAGGUCUUUAGUUGGCUUUGUCAUGAUUUUAAAGAAGUGGAAAACACUGAAUCUAACGGUCUUAAAGUUCACUGAUUCUGUCUUCUUCUGAUACACACAGGGAUAGUCAUCAAAAUCUGAGUGUCUGCAUAUUUAACAAAGAGAAUUUAGACCUUCAAUCAAGACCCUUUGUACCAAUAUAUGCUCUUACAUGGACAUAUCUCCCCCAUACAGCAGCUUCUGUAGUGCACAACCCAAGUGUGUUGUCUUCAGAAACUUACAAACAGCAUGUAAAGUUGUUUUUUUAACUCAUUUUUGUACCUGGUGAUAAAAUAUUAGAACAAAAACAGCUCCCAGUAACCAGUUUUCUUCCAAAGGUUCAGAAAAAUUGAACCUUGGGAUAAAGAAAAACAAAGUAUUUGAGAUAGAAGGACCCGCUAUGAGAGAAGGAUACACUAAAAAUAAAAUUACAACAUCGUUGUCACUAAUGAGUUGCUCUAGAGUUGAUUAAGUUCAAAUAGAAUAAAACAAAUAAUACUGGAUUACUCUUGUAGUUCUCUUAUUGAUGCCCCACUUGGGAGGACAGACUCAUUAAUCUGCCAUGUUUUACCAAUCGAGGGAAUAUUCCUUCUGAGAAAUCAAACCGUCUCGCUACUUUCUACUCCGACUGGAAGGAAAAAGAGCUCUCCAGGCUGAACAUUAGGUUUUAUUUGGAUGGAUUGGGGUAACAGAGGGUGUAGGUGCAAAAACCUUGUUUGGAUUGCCUCCUGUAUUUCAAGGAUGACAAGGUGAUCUGGCUUCAGGCUGAUAGACUUUACAUCAGAGGCGCGAAGCAUCAAAGUGAUGAGGAGUUUAUUUGCGCGUGGGUGUAGAGCGAGACGCUGCAAACAGAGAAGUGUUAAAAGCAUCAAUGUGUCUAAACACAGGCUGUGCCUGAUGAGCUGAAGCUUUCAGGGGAUUUUCCACAUCAGCAACUUUUACUCAGUUUGCAUGCUCGCUCUGGUUUUUGAACCCCGUUAUAAGUAGAGUGAAAAGCUUGGAAAGGUUGAACAGGUGGAAACUUUGUUCACUUUAUUUCAUCGUAGUACCAGUUUGACAUGUACUGCAAGUAGACGAGAACUUGAGAUCAUUUUGAAUAGGGCUGGGCGAUAUUGCCUCAAAUCAAUAUCAUGAUAUAUUGAGCAUUUCACCUCGACAACGAUAAAUGGAUGAUAACUACUCCACAAGCUGCUCACCCACUCCCACGUUAACUUCCCAUAUCUCCUCACCUGUCUUUCCCUCUUUGUUAUGGACUGGAUGGGGUGGAGUCAUGUCUCUGAUGUAGGACAGCGUAUUAAAGGGAUAUUAGACUAUAGCCUACCUACACACAUCUUAAAAAAACAAGUUUUAUUUCUUUAUUUUUUUGACACCGAAUGCACUGAUAUGGGCAAAAUGACGUUGGUUAUUGUUGUAAAUUUCAGUAUCGGUAAAUGUUCGGUUUAUCGCCCUGCCCUAAUUUGAACUCUAGAUUUCAUAUUUUGAAUUUAAAGUCAUUUUUGCAACACUCACGGUUGUCUCAAUGGGGAUAGAAUUUAAGAGCACUCAAUUAACUUAAAAACCUGUUAAUUUGUCUUAAUUUAUUUUAUUUUUAUUUACUUUUUGGGCAAUUUUUCCCUUUUUAAAAAAAAAAAAUUUUAAUGGAUAGUACAGGGUGAAAUGUGGGGAGAUAGAGAGAGAGAGAGGGAGGAGGACAUGCAGCACAUGGUCGGCUGCAGGGACAGCGGUCCCCAUACAUGGGGUGGGCUAACCCACUUGGCCAUCUGCGCACCCCCAGUAAUAUGUCUCACUUUGCUUUUUGUUUUGUUAGUCAGAGAUGGAAAAGUCUCAGAGUGAGCGAGAGCUUAGUUUCUCAAAGAAGGAAAGUGAAUUUAUUUUUACAGUAAAGUUGUCCGUUUAUAACUUAACUUGCAGAUGUUUGAGGUUGGUAUCAGAUCUCAGCGUCUGUCUGAGUGACUCAGCUUUUCGGAUGGGAGAACACACACAGUGUAACAUCUUCAAUGCAUUAAUCAUGGUCUAUAGCGGACUAAAAUCCGUCUCUUCUCCUCCGGCUCUGUUCAGAUUCAGUCAGUGUCAAACUCUGCUGUUUUCACGCUGAGAAAAAUCACCCGUCUCAUUCCAGCACAGCUUUGCUUCACUUAUAUCAUCUAUCACGGUGAAACUGUUGUUAGCUGUGGGAAAUUCACAAGUUAUAUAAAACCGGAGUGCACAGAUGCUUUUAUAAACACAAUCCAGUUAGCGGUGUUGCUUGAGACUAACUGUGUGUGUCCUCCUCUGUGUUUGUUUGUGUGUGUCUGUCGCCGCAGGAGAUGGAGGAGAAAAUCCAGCAUUUUGAUACAUUCCUGUGAGACAGAGAGAAAACUUAUCAGGUGCAUCCUGAAAGCCUGGGACCACAAAGACACAAACUGAGCGGAGGAAAGUGAAGGAACUUCUGCGUCCAGCCCUCGACAACACAAACACACCAAGACACACGAAGACACACAGACACACCGCCCUUCUUCUGCAGGGAGGGGGAACACAACGAGGACAAGGUUGAGGACAGAGACAUUUAAUGGUGCUAUCGUCUCAGGAACCUGGCCAGAUCCAGAACCCAUUCUACACAACCAAACUCCUAGAGGUGUGUCAGUCACACACAUGCACACACACACCAACAGUGACGGGCAACCCUGGUGCUACUCGGGUGCUAUCUUAACUUUUUAUCCAUGCUGCUCUUGGGAUUUCUUCUUAACUCGGAUGACUAGCAAAACCAACAGAUUGGGUGAUGUCAUAUUGCAACAUGACUGCUGCUCCCUUUUGAGCGGCGCUAUCAUAUCCUCGCUCACACACACACACACUUAAUACUACAAACACACACACACACACACACGCUCAGAUCCUCACCAGCAGAAUUAAUGCAGAGUGCCGCCAGGAGAUGAGGACAGAUAAUGUUCUGAAUCACUGAACUACAUCGCUGAGCCCAUCUUGCCCUCGAGUGGAAAUACUUCAUCGCAGGCGAGUCGUCACCUCGCUAUUAUUCGGCUCAUUUUGUCUACCAUUUUAGCUACCUGAUUAAUUCAAUAUCUGAGCCAGCGUCAAGGAUACUCACCCAGAACAAUAGUUUACAAAGUUUUACAACAACCGGUUGAGGUUAGCACAGCAGGACUACAACCCAUUAAGUCCUCUUUUAUGAAGGCUGUUAGCCCCCUCAGUGUUUGAUGAGCUAAUGCUACCUGCAGGUCACCCCCACACAGACCACCUCUUGCGUUGAGUCUUAGCAGAUUGUCAUGUUUUUAACAGUUGUGUUAGCUGAAUCCCCCUCCCUCUCCUCAUUACAUUCUCAGUCUGGAUAUCUCCCCCUCCCUGUCAAGCUGUGCUACCAGUUGAUAUUUUUCCCCCCGUACACCCUGGCUGAGGAACUGGAAGCAGGACAAAUUGGACGGCGUCCAGAGUUUGCACUGCCUAGUGUGUGCCUUAUUUCAAAAAUCUAUCUAUGAAAACUCUGAAAAUGCGGAGCAGGACUUUUUCAGCUAAUUUUGUGACGAUGAUCAGGCGCCGAGUUAGGGGUGGCUCCCAACCACUGAGGUCGCAGAAGUCUCUGUGCAUCAAAAAAAUAGGAAUCUUUAAUGUCAGUAGGUCUUUAAAAACAUAUCUUGGUGAAACAUUUCUAACUCUGGCCAAAAUCUUUGUACAUCUGAGGAAUAAGAAGGAAUUUUACACGCUACUUACCCUCUCUGGCUUCAGUCAGACGCGUCUCAAGCACUUGUAAUGUUGUAAUGAUAUUUAAAUGUAUUCAUGCCCUGUAAAAGACAGACUGACGAGGAGGUCAGUGUCAGCUUAAGCAGACAGCCAGUCUACGAAAAACACACAUUUUUUUUUCUUCAGUUGUUCAUAUGCAACAAAUGAAAUAACCGAGGAGUCGAAUGAUUCAUGGUGCCAAGUGUUCUCUCACGCUCAAAAAGGUGCUGACAUGACGGUGCCUGUUCUGUAUCCACUCUGAAAAGUUUUCUCUUAUUUGGUCAUGAAAACGUAUGUAUUAUGUUGUGCAUUUGAUAAUUAUUUUUUACUUUUUUUUAUACAACGCUUUGCUUAAGUUGAGAUUAUUAUUUUUUUUUGCAUGGGAUUGUGAAUCCAUAAUGAACAAGGCCAUUCUAGGCAGUGCCCGUCACUAAGGUGUAAAGAAAAAAAAAAAAAAAAAAGGAAAAGCAUGAUUUAUUUUUUUGAUUUCCUCCUUCAGAUGUGUGAACCGACAGUGUGGAUUACUUUCACUUUAUUCUUCUCCACAGCAGACUAGAGAAGCUGGAUUCUCAUGUGUGGCCAACACAGUAUGUUCUCUGAGUGCAGUAAAUAAAGUAUUUACUGAAGCUUUAUAAGGUUUAAAGGCAUUUUGCCGUAUUUUUGAGCAGGUUUCGACUGGAGAAGGCUCUCUCUUUCUCUCCCAGUUAUCUUGUCCAAUCCUCAAACCUCUUGGUGCAACUCUGACCCCAGCUCACCUCUGCCUUUUUUUCUCAAAUGUUUGGUGACUAAAGCAAAGAUCAUAUGCAAACUGGCAAUGACAGGUUAGCACUUGGACUACUGCAGAGAGAAAAAAAAACAACGCUACCUCAGCUUAAUUUAUUUUAAUGCGGAAACUGUUUACUGGGUACAAAAACAGUAUUUUCCCUCCCCUGAAAUACUGUUGCAACAUCGACAGUACCAGCGAAGGUACCAGAUCAGUGCAACCACAGCUGCUGCAGUAAUCCAAGAGUAGUUUAUAUCUCUCCAAUUGUUAUGUAUGUUUGCAUUUGAGCCAGAUGAUGAUUGCAGAAAUUCAUAAACUGUAUAUUUUAUGGUUUAGUUUCAGGUUCAUUUCUACUCUCACUGAGGAGCUAAUUCUAGACCCGCUCCUCCUUCAUAUUUCGAUCUUCACCUUCUUAGACGUUCUCUAGAUCUUUCUCUGCCUCCUCACAUCCAUCGCCUUUUUCUUCUUUUUUUAUUUUUUUUAUUUUGCAGAGUUUCAUCUCAUGAUUGUCUUUAUUUAUUGUUCAUGUUUUACAUCUAAUGUUCGAUAAAUUGUCUUUUUUUUUUGUGUUGUUUGAAAUUAAACAAAUGGGGAAGCUUCAUGCGUCCGUUUUAACCGUUUUGCUGAAUUGCGUAGCGUUUGUGUAGCAUGUUUAUUCGGCGUGUGCGGGGGAAUAAAGGGUUUACAGGUCUCUCAGGUUCAACACGCAACAACAUGCCCUUUCCACUUUUCUAUUUAUUUCAUUGUUCGGAUGUUUUUCUUUGUUCAUGUGGUUACAGACUGUGGCAUACUGGAAGAGACUGACAUUAAGAUGGAUGUGAUAUUAAACAAACCGUAGAGUCUGUCAAGUUUAUCCCUAAAAAAAUAAAACAGGACCAGGCUAACUUUCUUUUAAAUGUUCUUCACUUUGUCUCCACUUUCUGCCAAAAGAAUUAUUUUUUAUGAAUUAAAAAAAAAACACUUAUGGAAAUAAAAUGGGUAGUUUAAUGUCAUACAUUGUGAUCUUCCUUUCUUAUUAUAAAUUGUAGCCAGUUUGGACUAACAACCAAUUUUUGUCUGGUAGUUGAGACGACUUAGUCCAGUAUGCAGAAGGAAAGGGUUUGUUCUAUCCUGAAUUUCUUUGUUCUUCCCUUUUUUCACAGUUUUAUUUAGUCGACUUUCCAUAGCUUUGUCUGUUUGUUUGUGUAUUUAACACACCUGUUCACAAUUGUUACUUUAGUGUAAGUUAUAUUUGAAAUGAAACAUUUACUGUAUUUCUCAAAUAAACUGCUGUGAUAUACUUGAAUAAAAGGUUCAAACUGUAAACUUCA